AUGAAACUGGAGAUGGUGACCAUCAUCGCCUGCGAGGUAGACACGGAUGUGUUUACGUCCGACAAACUGCAGGUAGGCCUAUACAGUUUCAUAAAACUGCACGUUGAAUAUUUCUGAAUUUUUGUCUAUUUGUGAAAAAACUUGGAAUAUUUCUGCCUUUUUGUCUGUUCGUACUCCGAAGUACCCAAGACCCGUUUUUUCUGCAUGUCCCAAAGUGCCUGUCUUGCUUACGUUCACCCUGGGGUUUUAUCAAUGAAACCGCAGCUCAUCAAGAUGCACGCCCUGAAUGCGCAUGGAUGCCCUCAUUGAUUGACGUUUGUGGGGUUGCAGAAGUGUGGACGAGAGAGAGAGGGGGGGUGGGGGGGGGGGGGGGGGGUGGUGCAGACCUUUUUUCUUUUUUUUAACUGUAUGCGCUAUAGACUACAUCUUUCUGUGGCAUCACUGGUCAAUGUUAGUAGGCUUACGCAAGUUACAUGCGUAAAUGCAGGGGGUGAGAGGAGGGGGUUGUUGAAUUGAACAUGUGGAGGAGCACAGAACAGAAGUGAGGAACUGCAGUGUCGGAGUCGGACCUCUCGCCUUUCAGCAUUGCAGGUGCGCCAGAUACGUAGGAGCGCAUUGAUUCCCCCCACCCUUCAGCAUUGCAGGUGCGCCAGAUACGUAGGAGCGCAUUGAUUCCCCCCCCCCCCCCCCCCCCCUUCAGUAUUGCAGGUGCGCCAGAUACGUAGGAGCGCAUGCAUUGAAUCCAACAGUCAUGGAGCAGAUGGUACUAAGAUGCGUAAAGCCUUGGCAUUAGAAAGUGCCAGUGUUUACUUUAAAUGCCACACAGAUGGUGGUCAAAGCCAUGGCUUACCCACUGAACCCUUUAAAAAUUCCUUAGCCACAUUUUUCCUAUCCACAGACUGUCAUUGUGGAUCGAGGCCAUUGGCCAUCCAUUGUAGCCUGUUGUACAGCACAGAGCCCAGCACGUGCCGUACCAGAACAAUAACUUAUUAAGAGUCCGUUAUCCUAAGUCUUUCCUUAAUACAGUUAAUCAGUCUGAACAGAGAUCAUAUGCUAUGAGUCAAAAGUACACGGUAAUGCUGCAAUGUCCUCAGAAAACAUAAACAUUGUGCACCUCUGCACACCAGGGGUUGGAAACCGAAAUUAUUUUCCAAUCAUUUAAUUCUGAACAGAACAAUUAUUUUUUCCAUUCAGUUCCACUGUUGUGACCAGCAAAUUAAAGUUCUGAACUGGUUGGAUCCCCGAAAAAGUAACGACUUAUAUAAUUCCUUUCUGUUCCUUUUUAAACCUCUGAAAUCUUUAUUUUAUUUUAUUUUAGCUUGACAUUAAACUAUUUCACCAAACAGUGCGAAUAGAGCAGCUUUCUAUGGAGCAGGCAAGCUAUAAUAAACUCAGCAAAAAAAAGAAACAUCCCUUUUUCAGGACCCUGUCUUUCAAAGAUAAUUUGUAAAAAUCCAAAUAACUUCACAGAUCUUCAUUGUAAAGGGUUUAAACACUGUUUCCCAUGCUUGUUCAAUGAACCAUAAACAAUUAAUGAACAUGCACUGUGGAACAGUCAUUAAGACACUAACAGCUUACAGAUGGUAGGCAAUUAAGGUCACAGUUAUGAAAAUGUAGGACACUAAAGAGGCCUUUCUACUGACUCUGAAAAACACCAAAAGAAAGAUGCCCAGGGUCCCUGCUUAUCUGCGUGAACGUGCCUUAGGCAUGCUGCAUGGAGGCAUGAGGACGGCAGGUAUGUGGCUCGAGGGCAUAAAUUGGCAAUGUAGUCCUUGAGACGCCUAGUACAGUGCUACAGGGUAGAUCCGGACAGACCGUCUGAUCGUCCUCUCAGUGGCUAGACCACAGUAAUCAGACACUCUGCGACAGGAAUCGGUACAACGAACAUCUAUGCAACUUGGGACAGGUACAGGGAUGGCAACACAACUGCCGAGUUAGCACAGAACGCAUACACUUCUCUCCAUCAGUGCUCAGACUGCCGCAAUAGGUCUGAGAAGCUGGACUGAGGCGGCUUAUAUCUCUGUUGUAAGGCUAGGGAAAUCACAUCGGCAACAACGUAACUAAUGGGCACAAACCCAGCCGUCGGUCUGGACUCGCAGAUCUACUGGCAAAAAGAAGUGCUCGUCACUCUGACGAGUCGCGUUUUGUCUCAUCAGGGGUGCAGGUCGCAUUUUGCGUUAAUCGUCGAAGAAUGAGCGUAUACAACGAGCCUGUACUCUGGAGGCGGGAUCAAUUUGGAGGUGGAGGGUCCGUCAUGGUCUGGGGCGGUGUGUCACAGCAUCAUCGGAUUGAGCUUGUUGUCAUUGCAGGCAAUCUCAACGCUGUGCAUUACAGGGCAGACAUCCUCCUCCCUCAUGUGGUACCCUUCCUGCAGGCUCAUCCUGACAUGACCCUCCAGCAUGACAAUGCCACCAGCCAUUCUGCUCAUUCUGUGAGUGAUUUCCUGCAAAACAGGAAUGUCAGUGUUCUGCCAUGGCCAGCGACGAGCCCGGAUCUCAAUCCCAUUCAGCACGUCUGGGACCUGUUAUCCCCGGAGGGUGAGGGCUAGGGCCAUUCCCCCCAGAAAUGUCUGGGAACUUGCAGGUGCCUUGGUGGAAGAGUGGGGUAACAUCUCACAGCAAGAACUGGCAAAUCUGAUGCAGUCCAUGAGGAGGAGAUGCACUGCAGUACUUAAUGCAGCUGGUGGCCACACCAGAUACUGAUUGUUACUUUUGAUUUUGACCCCCCCUUUGUUCAGGUACACAUUAAUCCAUUUAUGUUAGUCACAUGUCUGUGGAACUUGUUCAGUUUAUGUCUCACUUGUUGAAUCUUGUUAUGUUCAUACAAAUAUUUACACAUGUUAAGUUUGCUGAAAAUAAACGCAGUUGAUAGUAAGAGGACGUUUAUUUUUUUGUUGAGUUUAGUUGUUUACAUGCAUUGAACAGACAGGUGUAUGGCAUGAGAUGCGACUGACAUUUUGCAGAUGGGGAGAGAAUGAGAGAGGGUGGAGGAGGAGACUUGGCUUGAAGCGCUGGGCAUCUUGUUAUGACAUGCAUUAUCUGAAUUAGGCCCACAUAAUUAAACCUACGGAGGAGGGGCUUCUAUGAAGGAACUUUGAAUGUCUGAACUUCUGAGAGUUGGACUUUACGUUGGACCAGACCUAGCUAGCUAGCUAUCUAACAAGCUUGUGUGUGCAGAGCGGCACCAGAAUUAAAAUAAAAACACUUCUUACCUUUUUGUAGUUAAUAAAUCCAAUGUGAAACGUGAUAACUAUAGUAUCGUUAACUAGCAUUGAAAAAGUUAAUCCAUUCUCAAAUAAAAAAUCUCUCUCCCUAAUUUCGGAAUCACGCUUGUAACUUCAGUAGGCUAGUAGCUUAGGAGGAGGAAGGGCAGGUAGCCUACACACUAACACAGUAGUCGGUUCAAUUAUUUGAAUUCCAUUUCAUGAGCUAAAUGCACACAUCAAACCGUUUCUCUAGAGAUAAAUCAGAUCCAGCCUGAACUGUGACGAUGUAGUAGGGAGUUGUAGUUUCCAACAGGCCAAUAUUCUACAUAGUUUAGCGCAUUAAACGUGGUAAUUAACUACAAUGACUAUAAUCCAUUGCGCAUCUACUUGUCUACUUUUACGUCUGCUACGGAAGGGAGAGGAAUGCGCAAUUGUGAGGUGAUAUGUGACUGACCGCCUCGAUUCGGUCUUAUGUAGCAAAAUUUGAAAUUGUGUUUUUUACAUUGGAUAAAAGUAGAGACUCAGAGCUAGAAAAUUGUAUAUCAUACACUGCAGUUGAGGAACAAUGGGAAAGUAAUUCUGCUUUUGAAAGUUGAUCAACUUGGAACCCCACUUUUGAGAAAAUGGCCCUUGAAUGUUUUGGUACACCUACUGGAGAGCUCUUCUUUGUCUACACCCGUUCAGCAUCGCUCACACCCUCUUAAAUCUUAGCUCCACCCAUCUCUUUAAGGAUUCACAUGUGAGGCCAUGUGCUAAACAGAGUGAGUAGUUUAGUAAACAACCAAAGAUUUCAAGACUAAAAGUGGUAAAAGUAGUAGCCUACAAUAAGGAAAAACUCCAGGUAAAAAUACACUUAAUCUAGUUGUCACGACUUCCGCCGAUGCUGCCUCCCCUCCUUGUUCGGGCAGGUUUCGGCGUUCGUCGUCACCGGCUUACUAGCUGCUGCCGAUCCAUUUAUCAUCACUCCACUUGUCUUGUCUAAUUAAUCACACACACCUGGUCCUUAUCCCCAAUUAGUAAUUGUAAAAGUGUUCCCUCUGCUUCCUUGUCUGUGUGGGUGAUUGUUUGUAGUGAGCUGUGUGUAGCUACCCUUACCUUGUUGUUGCCAGGGUAGAUAUUUCCCCUGUGCCUGAGUGUUGUUGUCGCAUGCUUGCGCAACUGUUUAUCGACGGAAUAAACUUUUUGGAUGCGUAUUACUCUCAUGCGCCUGGCUCCUUCUAUCACACGCAUCACACUAGUCCUUGGCCUAAAUCCUAAUCUGACUUUACAUUUUAGUCAUUUAGCAGACGCUCUUAUCCAGAGUGACUUAAAUUUUUCAUACUGGCCCCCCGUGGGAAUCGAACCCACAACCCUGGCGUUGCAAACGCCACGCUCUACCAACUGAGCUACAUCCCUGCCGGCCAUUCCCUGCCGGCCAUUCCCUCCCCUACCCUGGACAACGCUGGGCCAAUUGUGCGCCGCCCCAUGGGUCUCCCGGUCGCGGCCGGCUAUGACAGAGCCUGGAUUCGAACCAGGAUCUCUAGUGGCACAGCUAGCACUGCGAUGCAGUGCCUUAGACCACUGCGCCACUCGCACUUUGGUCUCUGGUAAAAACACACUAUAUCAGAUAAAAUCUAAGUUUAUUUGUCACAUGCACAGGAUACAAAAGGUGUAAACGGUACAGUGAAAUGGUUACUUGCAUAGCAGCAAUAUCAAAAACUGAAAGUGUCCAGAUAAAAAUAUUUUAUAAAUAUUUUAUAAUUAUUAGAUGACGCUUACCCGACACACUUGUCUAAAUUGAUGGGUAAUGUGAAGGAAAUGCUAUAACCACCCCUCAGUCACAUCUAACUAAGUGGAUGGGUCACUAUUGUCUAGACAUGUACACAUGUUCAUGAAAUACAAUAGAUGGCCGUAAUCACCCCUAGGCACACCUGGCUAACUCGAUGGGUCAUUUACAGUACAUUCGGAAAGUAUUCAGACCCCUUGACUUUUUCCACAUUUUGUUACGUUACAGCCUUAUUCUAAAAUGGAUUACAUUGUUUUUUUCCCCCCUCAUCAAUCUACACACAAUACCCCAUAAUGACAAAGCAAAAACUGGUUUAUAUACAUUUUUGCAAAUUUAUUAAAAACAAAGAAAUGAAAUAUCACAUUUACAUAAGUAUUCAGACCCUUUACUCAGUACUUUGUUGAAUCACCUUUGGCAGCGAUUACAGCCUUGAGUCUUCUUGGGUAUGAUGCUACAAGCUUGGCACACCUGUAUUUGGGGAGUUUCUCCCAUUCUUCUCUGCAGAUCCUCUCAAGCUCUGUCAGGUUGGAUUGGGAGCGUCGCUGCACAGCUAUUUUCAGGUCUCUCCAGAGAUGUUAGAUCGGGUUCAAGUCCGGGCUCUGGCUGGGCCACUCAAGGACAUUCAGAGACUUGUUCUGAAGCCACUCCUGCGUUGUCUUGGCUGUGUGCUUAGGGUCAUUGUCCUGUUGGAAUGUGAACCUUCGCCCCAGUCUGAGGUCCUGAGUGCUCUGGAGCAGGUUUUCAUCAAGGAUCUCUCUGUACUUUGCACCCUUCAUCUUUCCCUCGAUCCUGACUAGUCUCCCAGUCCCUGCCGCUGAAAAACAUCCCUACAGCAUGAUGCUGCCACCACCAUGCUUCACCGUUGGGAUGGUGCCAGGUUCCCUCCAGACGUGAUGCUUGGCAUUCAGGCCAAAGAGUUCAAUCUUGGUUUCAUCAGACCAAUCUUGUUUCUCAUGGUCUGAGAGUCUUUAGGUGCCUUUUGGCAAACUCCAAGCGGGCUGUCAUGUGCCUUUUACUGAGGAGUGGCUUCCGUCUGGCCACUCUACCAUAAAGGCCUGAUUUGUGGAGUGCUGCAGAGAUGGUUGCCAUCUGGAAUGUUCUCCCAUCUCCACAGAGGAACUCUGGAGCUCUGUCAGGGUGACCAUCGGGUUCUUGGUCACCUCCCUGACCAAGGCCCUUCUCUUGCUCAGUUUGGCCGGGCGGCCAGCUCUAGGAAGAGUCUUGGUGGUUCCAAACUUCUUCCAUUCAAUUGAAUUUACCACAGGUGGACUCAAAUGAAGUUGUAGAAACAUCUCAAGGAUGAUCAAUGGAAACAGGAUGCACCUGAGCUGAAUUUCGAGUCUCAUAGCAAAGGGUCUGAAUACUUAUGUAAAUAAGGUAUUUCUGUUUUAAAUUGUUUAUACAUUUGCAGAAAUUCUGUUUUUGCUUUGUCAUUAUGGGGUAUUGUGUGUAGAUUGAUGAAGAUUUUUAUUUAUUUAAUCCAUUUUAGAAUAUGGCUCUAAUGUAACAAUGUGGAAAAAGAGAAGGGGUCUGAAUACUUUCGAAUGCACUGUAAUCAUCUGGCGAAGUGGAGUCUUUUGUUUAGUUAGCUAAGCAAUGAACCGGCAUAAUCCCAACUCAUACUACUACCAAUACAAACAUUGUCAUAGCUGUAGUAUGAAUCUGGAAUAAGUUUCUGAGUGACAGAGUGAGGGUUUUGCAUAUGCACUUUGUUGUGUUUUUUUUGUGGGACUGUAAAAAAAAUGCCCGGAACGUAAAAUAAUCGUUAUGUUCCGGAACAGUAUAGAUAACUUUAGUUCUGAUUCUGUUUCUCGAAAAUGUUUGUUCUUUUUCGGUUUUCUGUUCUGUUCCCUGAACCGGUUCCAACCCCUGCCACGCAAGCACACACGCACUCACACUCUCUCACUCACACACACACACACACACACACACACACACACACACACACACACACACACACACACACACACACACACACACACACACAGAGAGAGGGCAUAUAGACAAGCACCCAAAUGUAUUGGACCUAAGAGGAAAGGUAAGGUAAACAGAACAGACAGGCUCACACCACCCUGACAAACCACAGCUCAUCUCUAAAUCCAAAAACAAAGCACCUUUUUAUUUUUUCACGUUCUCCCCUGCAGCACCUGAGCUCUGCAUAUCCUAACUCUUCACCACAGACUCCCAAAACCCUACUACCACAUCUUGCCUGAGGUGUAGGAAUUGAGGGACAGUGUGCGAUGAUAUUGUUGUUGGUUAUAGUGAUACAGUGUCUAGUUGUGAAUGAUAUGCUGUCCAUCUUGUGGUGGUCCAUGGCCAACCUGGAACUGGUGCUGUUCUGAUUCUGCCAUAUUGAGGAAUUGCCACCUACAAUAUCAUACUUGGCCUAUAUCUAGCUCUGGUGCAGGGUGUUAGUGUGCAUUCCUCUACUAACUGCCUGUAUCGGCUAACACCCUGUCUCGACUAACACCCUGUCUCGGCUAACACCCUGUAUCGGCUAACACCCUGUAUCGGCUAACACCCUGUAUCGGCUAACUCCCUGUAUCGGCUAACUCCCUGUAUCGGCUAACACCCUGUAUCGGCUAACACCCUGUAUCGGCGUUAAUGGAGGAACCUUAGUAGCCCAAACCUUGCUGCCUGUUUGGAGAUGAUCAGACUAGGGAAAUGGAAAGGGGGAUACCUAGUCAGUUGCACAACUGAAUGCAUUCAACCGAAAUGUGUCUUCCGCAUUUAACCCAACCCCUCUGAAUGCGGGGGGCUGCCUUAAUCAACGUCCACAUCAUCGGCGCCCAGGGAGCAGUUGGGGUUAACUGCAUUGCUCAAAGGCAGAACGGCAGAUUUUUACACCUUGCCGGAUCAGGGAUUCGAACCAGCGACCUUUUCGGUUACUGGCCCAACGCUGUUAACCACUAGGCUACCGCCACCAACUAACAUACUAUGUUUUUUCAGAUAGCCUCUGGUCUUGGAUUAGUCUGUCAGAAGCACUGGUUGGUGCUUUCGUCAGUAGUACUCUAUAAACUGAACCUGUGGUUCUAGGCAGUGGUGGAAAAAGUACCCUGUUGUCAUACUCGAGUAAAAGUAAAGAUACCUUAAUAGAAAAUGACUCAAGUAAAAGUGAAAGUCACCCAGUAAAAUACAACUUGAGUUAAAGUCUAAAAGUAUUUGCUUUAAAUAUACUUAAGUAUCAAAGUACAUGUAAUUGCUAAAAUAAAGUAAAAGUAUAAAUUAUUUCCUAUUCCUUAUAUUAAGCCAAACCAGACGCCACAAUGUAUUUUAUUGUUUUACAUUUAGCCAGGGGCACACUCCAACACUCAGACAUAAUUUACAAAAGAAGCAUAUUUGUUUAGUGAGUCCACCAGAUCAGAGGCAGUAGGGAUGACCAGGGAUGUUCUCUUGAGAAGUGCAUGAAUUUGACCAUUUUCCAGUCCUGCUAAGCAUUCAGAGUACUUUUGGGUGUCAGGGAAAAUGGAUGGAGUAAAAUAAAAAGUACAUUAUUUUCUUUAGGAAGUAAAAGUAGUCAAAAAUAUAAAUAGUAAAGUACAGAUACCCAAAAAAUGACUUAAGUGGUACUUUAAAGUAUUUUUACUUAAAUAUUUUACACCACUGGUUUUAGGUUAGUAAAGUUAAUUGAUAGCCUGGUCCCAUAUCUGUUGGUACUGUAUUGCCAACUCCUAUGGUUAUUGUCAUGCCGUGUCAAACAGAUCUGGGACCAUGCUAGUUAAUUGAAUCCUGUGCCUGGUGUAGUUAUGCUGGCAAUGCUAGCUGAUGCUAACAGGGUUAGUUUAAGUGGAUGGCUGGCCUAGGCCUUAGCAGUUGCUAUAGGACCUGAGAUAGCUGAUGCUAGCAGGGUUAGUUUAAGUGGAUGGCUGGCCUAGGCCUUAGCAGUUGCUAUAGGACCUGAUAUAGCUGAUGCUAGCAGGGUUAGUUUAAGUGGAUGGCUGGCCUUAACAGUUGCUAUAGGACCUGAGAUAGCUGAUGCUAGCAGGGUUAGUUUAAGUGGAUGGCUGGCCUUAACAGUUACUAUAGGACCUGAGAUAUCUGAUGCGUUAAUCUGUGUGGUGGUUUGUUAUUAACUGGAGAAUAUAGAGCAGCAUCAGCAGAUUCAAAUGUGUAAGGAAUGAGCUACAUGAACAGGCUCUCUCACAUGGUACACGUCAGACAUCAUACAGUAUACACACACAUACAGUGGGGAGAACAAGUAUUUGAUACACUGCCAAUUUUGCAGGUUUUCCUACUUACAAAGCAUGUAGAGGUCUGUAAUCUUUAUCAUAGGUACACUUCAACUGUGAGAGACGGAAUCUAAAACAAAAAUCCAGAAAAUCACAUUGUAUGAUUUUUAAGUAAUUAAUUUGCAUUUUAUUGCAUGACAUAAGUAUUUGAUCACCUACCAACCAGUAAGAAUUCCGGCUCUCACAGACCUGUUAGUUUUUCUUUAAGAAGCCCUCCUUUUCUCCACUCAUUACCUGUAUUAACUGCACCUGUUUGAACUCGUUACCUGUAUAAAAGACACCUGUCCACACACUCAAUCAAACAGACUCCAACCUCUCCACAAUGGCCAAGACCAGAGAGCUGUGUAAGGACAUCAGGGAUAAAAUUGUAGACCUGCACAAGGCUGGGAUGGGCUACAGGACAAUAGGCAAGCAGCUUGGUGAGAAGGCAACAACUGUUGGCGCAAUUAUUAGAAAAUGGAAGAAGUUCAAGAUGACGGUCAAUUUCCCUCGGUCUGGGGCUCCAUGCAAGAUCUCACCUCGUGGGGCAUCAAUGAUCAUGAGGAAGGUGAGGGAUCAGCCCAGAACUACACGGCAGGACCUGGUCAAUGACCUGAAAAGAGCUGGGACCACAGUCUCAAAGAAAACCAUUAGUAACACACUACGCCGUCAUGGAUUAAAAUCCUGCAGCGCACGCAAGGUCCCCCUGCUCAAGCCAGCGCAUGUCCAGGCCCGUCUGAAGUUUGCCAAUGACCAUCUGGAUGAUCCAGAGGAGAAAUGGGAGAAGGUCAUGUGGUCUGAUGAGACAAAAAUAUAGCUUUUUGGUCUAAACUCCACUCGCCGUGUUUGGAGGAAGAAGAAGGAUGAGUACAACCCCAAGAACACCAUCCCAACCGUGAAGCAUGGAGGUGGAAACAUCAUUCUUUGGGGAUGCUUUUCUGCAAAGGGGACAGGAUGACUGCACCGUAUUGAGGGGAGGAUGGAUGGGGCCAUGUAUCGCGAGAUCUUGGCCAACAACCUCCUUCCCUCAGUAAGAGCAUUGAAGAUGGGUCGUGGCUAGGUCUUCCAGCAUGACAACGACCCAAAACACACAACCAGGGCAACUAAGGAUUGGCUCCGUAAGAAGCAUCUCAAGGUCCUGGAGUGGCCUAGCCAGUCUCCAGACCUGAACCCAAUAGAAAAUCUUUGGAGGGAGCUGAAAGUCCAGCGACAGCCACGAAACCUGAAGGAUCUGGAGAAGGUCUGUAUGGAGGAGUGGGCCAAAAUCCCUGCUGCAGUGUGUGCAAACCUGGUCAAGACCUACAGGAAACGUAUGAUCUCUGUAAUUGCAAACAAAGGUUUCUGUACCAAAUAUUACGUUCUGCUUUUCUGAUGUAUCAAAUACUUAUGUCAUGCAAUAAAAUGCAAAUGAUUUACUUAAAAAUCAUACAAUGUGAUUUUCUGGAUUUUUGUUUUAGAUUCCGUCUCUCACAGUUGAAGUGUACCUAUGAUACAAAUUACAGACCUCUACAUGCUUUGUAAGUAGGAAAACCUGCAAAAUCGGCAGUGUAUCAAAUACUUGUUCUCCCCACUGUACAUGCAAACACACGUGCGCAUGAACAUACACAGUACACACACACACCCCACAGAGAAAAAAUACACACAUGCAAAUGAAUAUCACACACACACCAAUACAAUCUUUUCAAUAAGCCUUACUACUAACAUAUAACUUACCCUUAGUGUAAUUACCAGGUGGUAGUAAGUCGAUAAAUACGUUAAGUGUGUUAAGUUCACUGAUGGACUGUAAGCUGGACGCGUUUAAGCAAUAGAGGGCAACAAAACGUGUAGGCUGUUUAACAUAUGACCUCUAACUAAAACAUUGAAACCCAUUAUUGGGAAACUACAGAUAGGAGAGAAACAACGUAUUCAGUGAGCUACACACAGACACACACACACACACACACACACACACACACACACACACACACACACACACACAGACAGAGAGAGAGACUCUCACUCACUCACUCACUCACUCACUCACUCACACACACACACACACACACACACACACACACACACACACACACACACACACACACACACACACACACAGUAGUGACUCAGCAGGAUGGAAAAAGGUACCUGUUGUCAAUUCCGUCUCUGUCAGUGUUCUGUCAGCAAACCUCCAUCCAUCCAAACUAAAUCCCAGGCCUGUAGAACCCUACUUUCUUUCCAUCAGCAGUUGUGGCCUGCCGGUCUGUUCCCAAGCCUACCAUCAUAACAAUGGCAGCUGUCUGUGUCACUUGUACCUCUGACUGUCGCCCUGGAAACUCAGCGUAGAGCUUUGAGGAGCCACACCUGUUUUGAUGCCUGGCCGGCUCACUUCAACUUCUGUAUGGUCGAUGUUUUUGCUGAGAUCUUUGUUUUGGUCUCUUGCCUAUUUAUCAAGCGUGUACUCAUGGUACAGUAGAGGGUGAUAUGGCCAAAAUAUCAUUUGAUCUUUUUCAAAUUUUGGAUGGUAUUUUAUGUUUUUGAAUAAUAAAAGUUAUAAAUAUGCUUUAUGAGUAGGUCAUACCCUAGGGUGGCAACACAUACAUUAUAAGUGAUUUCAAUGGGGCUUUCUCCAUUCUGGUUGUUUUAUACUGUUCAAUCCAACUAUAAACAAAAAUAAUUUUCUGCAUUUUCUAAAAUGUCUGCAUUUCCUGCACUGUUGUUAUAAUUUCCACACUGUUGCCAUCCAGGGCUGCAUGAUAUGGGCCAAAGAAUCUAGGCCUAGUUAAUUGGUGAACUGUUGGAAUCAUGGAAAUAUAAUUAUUAUUUAAAUUCUAUAGUUGGAAUAUAGUGGGCAGCAGUGGUGGUCGGUGCCAUUUAAGAUUAAUCAAAUAAAAUCAAUCAAAUAAAAUUGUAUUUAUCACAUGCGCCGAAUACAACAGGUGUAGACCUUACCGUGAAAUGCUUACUUACAAGCCCUUAACCAACAAUGCAGUUCAAGAAAUAGAGUUAAGAAAAUAUUUACUAAAUAAACUAAAGUAAAAAAUAAACUAAAAUGUAACACAAUAAAAUUACAUAACAAUAACGAGGCUACAGUUGAAGUCGGAAGUUUACAUACACUUAGGUUGGAGUUAUUAAAACUCGUUUUUCAACCACUCCACAAAUUUCUUGUUAACAAACUAUAGUUUUGGCAAGUCGGUUAGGACAUCUACUUUGUGCAUUACACAAGUAAUUUUUCCAACAAUUGUUUACAGACAGAUUAUUUCACUUAUAAUUCACUGUAUCACAAUUCCAGUGGGUCAGAAGUUUACAUACACAAAGUUGAAUGUGCCUUUAAACAGCUUGGAAAAUUCACAAGUCUGGUUCAUCCUUGGGAGCAAUUUCCAAACGCCUGAAGGUACCACGUUCAUCUGUACAAACAAUAGUACGCAAGUAUAAACACCAUGCGACCACGCAGCCGUCAUACCGCUCAGGAAGGAGACACGUUCUGUCUCCUAGAGAUGAACGUACUUUGGUGCGAAAAGUGCAAAUCAAUCCCAGAACAACAGCAAAGGACCUUGUGAAGAUGCUGGAGGAAACAGGUUCAAAAGUAUCUAUAUCCACAGUAAAACGAGUCCUAUAUCGACAUAACCUGAAAGGCCGCUCAGCAAGUAAGAAGCCACUGAUCCAAAACCGCCAUAAAAAAGCCAGACUACGGUUUGCAACUGCACAUGGGGACAAAGAGAGAAAUGUCCUCUGGUCUGAUGAAACAAAAAUAAAACAGUUUGGCCAUAAUGACCAUCGUUAUGUUUGGAGGAAAAAGGCAGACCCUUGCAAGCCGAAGAACACCAUCCCAACCGUGAAGCACAGGGGUGGCAGCAUCAUGAUGUGGGGUUGCUUUGCUGCAGGAGGGACUGGUGCACUUCACAAAAUAGAUGGCAUCAUGAGGAAGGAAAAUUAUGUGGAUAUAUUGAAGCAACAUCUCAAGACAUCAGUCAGGAAGUUAAAGCUUGGUCGCAAAUGGGUCUUCCAAAUGGACAAUGACCCCAAGCAUACUUCCAAAGUUGUGGCAAAAUGGCUUAAGGACAACAAAGUCAAGGUAUUAGAGUGGCCAUCACAAAGCCCUGACCUCAAUCCUAUAGAAAAUGUGUGGGCAGAACUGAAAAAGUGUGUGCGAGCAAGGAGGCCUACAAACCUGACUCAGCUACACCAGCUCUGUCAGGAGGAAUGGGCCAAAAUUCACCCAAUUAUUGUGGGAAGCUUGUGGAAGGCUAUCCGAAACGUUUGACCCAAGUUAAACAUUUUAAAGGCAAUGCUACCAAAUACUAAUUGAGUUUAUGUAAACUUCUGACCCACUGGGAAUGUGAUGAAAGAAAUAAAAGCUGAAAUAAAUCAUUCUCCGUACUAUUAUUCUGACAUUUCACAUUCUUAAAAUAAAGUGGUGAUCCUAACUGACCUAAGACGGAAUUUUUACUAGGAUUAACUGUCAGGAAAUGUGAAAAACUGAGUUUAAAUGUAUUUGGCUAAGGUGUAUGUGAACUUCCGACUUCAACUGUAUAUACAGGGGUACCGGUACCGAGUCAAUGUGCGGGGGUAUUUUUAUUUGUAUUUAUUAUGGAUCCCCAUUAGCUGCUGCCAAGGCAGCAGCUACUCUUCCUGGGGUCCAGCAAAGUUAAGGCAGUUAGACAUUUUAAAAACAUUACAAUAUGUGUGCCCUCAGGCCCCUACCCUACUACCACAUAUCUACAGUGCCUUGCAAAAAUAUUCAGCCCCCUUGGCGUUUUCCUAUUUUGUUGCAUUACAACCUGUAAUUUAAAUUGAUUUUCAUUUGGAUUUCAUGUAAUGGACAUACAUUCAAUAGUCCAAGUUGGUGAAGUGAAAUUAAAAAAAUAACUGUUUAAAAAAAUAAAAUAAAAAAAAUUACUGAAAAGUGGUGCGUGCAUAUGUAUUCACCCCCUUUGCUAUGAAGCCCCUAAAUAAGAUCUGGUGCAACCAAUUACCUUCAGAAGUCACAUAAUUAGUUAAAUAAAGUCCACCUGUGCGCAAUCUAAGUGUCACAUGAUCUGUCACAUGAUCUCAGUAUAUAUACACACACCUGUUCUGAAAGGCCCCAGUCUGCAACACCACUAAGCAAGCGGCACCACCAAGCAAGCGGCACCAUGAAGACCAAGGAGCUCUCCAAACAGGUCAGGGACAAAGUUGUGGAGAAGUACAGAUCAGGGUUGAGUUAUAAAAAAAUAUCCGAAACUUUGAACAUCCCACUGAGCACCAUUAAAUCCAUUAUAAAAAAAAUUGAAAGAAUAUGGCACAGCAACAAAUCUGCCAAUAGAGGGCCGCCACACCAAAUCUCACUAUAAAUUAAUACAACCGAAAGCUUACCUUGACUGUGAAUAGUUGCAGUGUGGAUAGCUAGCUAACAUAAAUAGCUAGCACCCCUCUCUGUUUGAGUCAGUUUGUUGAGUAGGCUAAAUUAGCUGCAUUAGCUAAGUAAGUGAAAGGUAAACUAAGAAGAAGAAAAAAUUUGAUAUUGACAUUGAUAGCUAGCUGUCUCUCUGCUGCUUCUCCUUAAUUUUUGAAGACAUUAAUUUGUUCAAAACUGUUCAACUAUUGUCUUGUUCUCUCUUUGAGUCAACUACUCAACACACGUUAUGUACUGCAGUGCUAGCUAGCUGUACUUUAUGCUCUCAGCACUAUAUUUAUUAUCUGAUCCUUUGAUUGGAUGGACAACAUGUCAGUUCAUGCUGCAAGAGCUCUGAGAGGUUGGAGGACGUCUUCCAGAAGUCGUCAUAAUUACUGUGUAAGUCUAUGGAAGGGGGUGAGAACCAUGAGCCUCCUAAGUUUUGCAUUGAAGUCAAUGUACCCAGAGAAAGAUAGAAAAUAAUUAGCUGUCCUCCGACUACACCAUGGUUCUACCCAAGAGAGUGCUGUUGAGGCUACUGUAGACCUUCAUUGCAAAACACUGUGUUUUAAUCAAUUAUUUGGUGACUAUAUUUAGUAUAGUUUUACUGAAAUUAUAACUUCUUUAAUGUUUCACUAUUUUUAUGAAAUUCACUGAGGAGGAUGGUCCUCCCCUUCCUCCUCUGAGGAGCCUCCACUGCCAGAGAUCUGUAUAUAAUGAGGAGAUGCUAAUUUCUCCGCCCUAACAAUAGGAGUCGUUGUCCCAAAGGCGGGAAGGCAGGCGACAAGCUUGGGUCCAACCUCUCGCUUCACCUCUUCCUAUCUGUCUGACUAGCGAUUAGCAUUAGCGGCUAACAAGAUUUAUUUUAGCCACAACUUGCUAAGAAAAGACAAACUAGGAGACAGUAGUUUGCAGACAGUGAGAUACACACACACACACACACAAACUAUAAGUUUAAUGUAAUUAUAGAACGCUUGUGGAAAGCAGCAUGUCACCAACAUCGUACUGCAUCUAGCCGACCUUGCAGAGUGCAGCAGUGGGAACAGCAAGAAAGUGUUCGUGACUCCGUGGUCGAGUAACUGCUCUCUCCUUGAGUAACAGGGGGGCGGGGCUUGGUGUGGGAAGCGGCCUGAAGCAGGAGGAAGGAGAAGACGUCUCAUAUAGCAAACGGAGUCAACUAUAAAAACGGACAUUACACACGCCGAGUAGUGUAUCACAUGUAACAAACCAUACAUUGAAAUACCGUUAUAGAAGGUAAAGUAAAAACCCAAACCGGCCAGUGCAUCCAUACCGGUGUAUAGUAAAAUACGGUAUACCGCCCAGCCCUAGUACAGUACAUAAUCUAAAAUUAAAUGUGUCAAAACGUCAUGUUUGAAAUUAUGAAAUCAUAUUUUAUUGAAAAUAUGGUACAUUUGGGUUGCUGUUUGGCUUGCAAGGUCAUCAUAUCAUAUUAAAAAACCUGCAGUGAUAAAAGUCAAUACAUAUUUCAAACAAUCAGCAAAUACCCUCUAAGCAAGGUUGCACUCAGCAAGCCCUCACAAAGGGCAGCACUUGCUCGAUGAUAUAACCAUUCCAAUACAGCUGUGUAGAUGUUUACGUGGCUGUAGUAGAGAUGAGACAAACAGCAUGUGUCAGCUGGACAGGUAAAGGAGAGGAGUGGUGGACGAAGCGGACGGAGGUAUUAUGUUCUGUCCAGGUGGGAAACCAGAUCUGGCCCUGGCAGGCGGACCGGGCCUAGGCCCCUGGUGCAUCUGUGUGGAGCUCUGAUAGCCUAGCCAGGGAGCAGGGGGCUCAGGUUUUCACUUCUCCCACUCUGGGGACAUGUCGAGCUGGGCCACGGUCGGCUCACAUUCCCCCGAAACCUUAGAGGCUCUGGGUCUCGGGUGUCACGUAAAAGGUUAGAACUAUGUCCGUUGGAGUGACGUAGAAAAAUUAGCACAAAAAACAAAGGUCUGUCUCCAACUCUGGCUUCUAUCGUUGCCGGUGUGUCGGGUUACGAGAGCCAGGAUGACAGGGUUGUGAGACGAUAAGGCGAAGGCUAAAGGAAAAAACUUUCAGCUAAGCAAAUGGAAUGUGGGACGAAGCUUUUUAUUCACUGAUGUGGACGUCAAUUCAACAUCUAUUCCACGUUGGUUCAACGUAAUUUCAUUGAAAUUACAUGAAAACAAUGUUGAUUCAAGCAGUGUGUGCCCAGUGGAAUGACUUGAUGAAUUUAUGAAAUUGCUUCUUCCAAUUAUUGAUAAACAUGCACCUGUUAAGAAACUGACUGUUGAAACUGUUAAGGAUCCAUGGAUUGAUGAGGAAUUGAAAAACUGUAUGGUUGAAAGAGAUGGGGUGACUUACUGCAAAUUGAGAAAUUAUGUGACUAAAUUCAACAACAAAAAAGAAGAAACUGUAUUAUGAAGCCAAGAUCAUUGAUAUAAAGAAUAAUGGAAAAACACUUUGGAGUACUUUAAAUGAAAUUAUUGGCAGAAAGACAUUCAACUCCAUCUUUCGGUUUAGUCAUCACCAUUUGAUGUUGCCAAUUAUUUUAAUGAUUACUUCAUUGGCAAAGUGGGCAAACUUAAGCAGGAAAUGCCAACAAUGAACAGUGAGCCAUUGUACUCAUGCAUAAAAAAACGAAAUUAAAUAAAAUCAUUGUAAGUUAGAAUUUUGUAAAGUUAGUGUGGGAGAGGUGGAAAAAUGUGUUUUAUCGAUCAGUAAUGACAAACCUCCUGGCAUUGACAACUUACAGUAGAUGGAAAGCUACUGAGGAUGGUAGAUGACUAUAUAGCCACUCCUAUCUGUCAUAUCUUUAAUCUGAGCCUAGAGGAAAGUCUUUGUCCUCAGGCCUGGAGGGAAGUCAUUCCGCUACCCAAGAGUGGUAAAGUGGCCUUUACUGGCUCUAACAGCAGACCUCAGCUUGCUGCCAGCUCUUAGUAAACUGUUGGAAAAAAUUGUGUUUGACCAAAUACAAUGCUAUUUCUCGGUAAACAAAUUUACAACAGACUUUCAGCAUGCUUAUAGGGAAGGGCACUCAACAUAUACUGUACUGACACAAAUGACUGAUGAUUUGUUUAAAGAAAUUGAUAAUUAGAAGGUUGUGGGAGCUGUACUGUUAGAAUUCAGUGCAGCCUUUGAUAUUAUUGACCAUAACCUGUUGUUGAGAAAAAGUAUGUGUUAUGUCUUUUCAACCUCUGCCAUAUCGUGGAUUCAGAGCUAUCUAUCUAAUAGAACUGAGUUUUUUUUAAAUGGAAGCUUCCCUUAAUGUCAAACAUGUAAAGUGUGGUGUACCGCAGGGCAGCUCUCUAGGCCCUCUACACUUUUCUAUUUUUACCAAUGACCUGCCACUGGCAUUAAACAAAGAAUGUGGGUCCAUGUAUGCUGAUAAUUCAACCAUAUACGCAUCAGCAACCACAGCUAAUGAAGUCACUGAAACCCUUAACAAAGAGUUGCAGUCUGUUUUGGAAUGGGUGGCCAGUAGUAAACUGGUCCUGAACAUCUCUAAAACUAAGAGCAUUGUAUUUGUUACAAAUCAUUCCCUAAGUUCUAGACCUCAGCUGAAUCUGGUAAUGAAUGGUGUGGCUGUUGAACAAGUUGAGGAGACUAAGUUACUUGGUAUUACCUUAGAUUGUAAAUUGUCAUGGUUGUAGAGAUGGGAAGAGGUCUGUCCGUAAUAAAAAGAUGCUCUGCUUUUUUGACACCACACUCCACAAAGCAAGUCCUGCAGGCUCUAUUUUUUUUUAUCUUAUCAUGAUUAUUGUCCAGCCAUAUGGUCAAGUGCUACAAAUAAAUACCUUUUCACAGUCCCCAGGUCCAGAACAAAUUCAAGGAAACGUACAGUAUUAUACAGAGCCAUGACUGCUUGGAACUCCCUUCCAUCUUAUAUAGCGCAAGUGAACAGCAAACCUGGUUUCAAAAAACAAAUAAAGCAACACCUCACGGUGCAACGCCUCUCCUCCAUGUGACCUACUUGUUGUGUGUACUGUAUGUACUUACAUUGACAUAUUUGUGUUGCCACACGAACGUUUCGGGUAUGAGCCCUUUGUCAGCGUGCAAGGCAAUGGCAAUCAAUGUCACAACAAAAAGACCACAAAGGUGGGCAUAAUUAUACAUUCACAGUCAGUAUUGGCCCAAUCAAGAGAUCCCGGCAGAGGGAGCUGUGGGGAAAACAUGAAAAUCAAAUAAAGGUAGACACACAAUACAAAUACAUGAUGAUGUCAUUACCAAAAUGUUUGGCCUAUUUAUAACCUACUACAAAAAACAAGAAAUAACAUUUUUAAGGCCUGCUGGGGCAAGAGUGACCAAGCAGUCUAUCCAAUAUGUCUCUUUGGAGAAGUCAUUUAUCCCUAUCUACUCCCCUACGUGGCGCCUUCACCAAUUCAAUGCCCAUAUAACGUAAGGCACUUAGUUCCAUGAUUAUGGCUAUUGAAAUACCUGGCAACCGAUGAUUUUUCAUCAUUGGUUUGCGAAUGGAGCUUUUAUGCUCACAUAUCCUUGUCUUAAGUUCACGUUUGGUCUUACCCACAUAAUACAAGUUACAGGAACACUGAAGGAGAUAUACAACAUAUUUCGUGUUGCAUGUUAUUCUACCUCAAACCUUUAUCCUCUCACCCCAAUGGGGACGGAUAAGAGAGUUCCCUCUGAUCAUGGCAUCACAGUGGACACAGUUGUGACAAGGCAAACUGCCAUCAGGAAUGAUAGACAUAUAAUGUGAUGCUUGUUUCUUAGGCGAAUCUGACCUUUUCUAAACAAACCUGUAAAAUUGAGGGUCUCUUAUAGCAAAACCUCAGGGGGGGGAUUCAAAAACUUGUCAAUAAUCAACUGACUGGCUUUCUUGAUGUCUAUAGUAUUCUCUUUGGUAUGCAAUCUCGUUUUCGCUCAGGUUAUGGAUGUAUGAAAAUGUAUGCACUCACUAACUGUAAGUCGCUCUGGAUAAGAGCGUCUGCUAAAUGACUAAAAUGUAAAUGUGUCACUGCAACCUUUAAAGGUCCUAAAUGAUGUCACCAAUGCCCUUGAUUCUAAGCAAUGUUGUGCUGCUAUUUUUAUUUACUUGGCCAAAGCUUUUGAUACUAGACCAUUCCAUUCUUGUGGGUCGGCUAAGGAGUAUUGGUGUCUCUGAGGGGUCUUUGGUCUGGUUUGCUAACUACUAUUUCUCAAAGAGUGCAGUGUAUAAAAUCAGAACAUCUGCUGUCUCAGCCACUGCCUGUCACCAAGGGAGUACCCCAAGACUCGAUCCUAGUUCCCACGCUCUUCUCAAUUUACAUCAACAACAUAGGAAGCUCUCCCAUCCAUUUAUAUGCAGAUGAUACAGUCUUAUACUGAGCUGGACCCUCCCUGGAUUUUGGGGUUAAACGCUCUACAACAAAGCUUUCUUAGUAUCCAACAAGCUUUCUCUGCCCUUUACCUUGUUCUGAACACCUCCAAAACAAAACAAAGUAAUGUGGUUCGGUAAGAAGAAUGCCCCUCUCCCCACCGGUGUGAUUACUACCUCUCUGGGUUUAGAGCUUGAGGUAGUCACCUCAUACAAGUACUUGGGAGUAUGGCUAGACGGUACACUGUCCUUCUCUUAGUACAUAUCCAAGCUGCAGGCUAAGGUUAAAUCUAGACUUUGUUUCCACUAUCGUAAUCGCUCCUCUUUCACCCCAGCUGCCAAACUAACCCUGAUUCAGAUGACCAUCCUACCCAUGCUAGAUUACGGAGACGUAAUUUAUAGAUCGGCAGGUAAGGGUGCUCUCGAGUGGCUAGAUGUUCUUUACCAUUCGGUCAUCAGAUUUUCCACCAAUGUUCCUUAUAGGACACAUCACUGCACUCUUUACUCCUCUGUAAACUGGCCAUCUCUGUAUACCCGACGGAAGACCCACUGGUUGAGGCUUAUUUAUAAAACCCUCUUAGGCCUCACUCUAGACCUUAUACGAAUAUUCCUCAUCAAGAGGGUUUAGAUGCAAUAAAACAUUAUUUGAAUCAAAGAACAGAACUGGAUCCCCCCAAUGACUACUGUUGAGCUUGACUAGUGAAAUAUUGACUAAGAAUUAUUUAAAGUUUGAAGUCUGUUAUUAUCUUCAGGUUCAAGGAACUGCUAUGGGAUCGCCAGUUGCGCACAAUUAUGCAAAUGUAUUUAUGGGGAAAUUUGAGUUGGACUUUGUAUAUGAUAAUCCCUAUUCAAAUGUUAUCAAGUGUUUUGAGAUAUAUUGAUGACAUUUUUUUUAUUUGGUCAGGUGAUGAUCUUGAAUUGCAGGAAUUAUUUACAUACAUGAAUUCCAGGAUGCCGUCCAUUAAAUGUACGUUAGUAUCCGAUAAAGAACAUGCUUCCUUUUUGGAUUUUUUGUUUUAAGAAAGAUGGCAAUGGCUUGCACACUGAGGUGUAUAGAAGAGAAACAGAUAGAAAUACCUUUCUUCAUUUCAGCAGACUGGAAACACUGUUUGUUAUUUUAACUAAAACAUAACAAAUCUUUGUUAAACAUAAAUACCAAACCUGUUUUUGCAUGGAUUCCGCAACGCGGUUAGCUUUUAACAGCUAGAACCACUAUUUCUUGUCCCGGAAUCCUGCUUAACUGACAGGUUAAAGUCUGCUGCUAACAUUAGCCAUCAAGCUGACGAAGUUAGUCCCAGAUGAGUUUUCCAAUGGAGCCCUCUUUGUCUGGAGAGGUAAAUGAACGGUUCCAGCGCUGUAGGAGCUGUAUCUACUACGCUUUGUUUCGGGACAAACUGGAUCACUCAGAGUUCCAAUGCGGCAAUUGUUUGCUUGCGGAGGAUUAUAGGCUUGAGGUGGCUUCCUUGAUCACGCAGGUAGCCAGCCUAUGUAAGAAACUGGGGAAAACGCAGAGUGGAAAGUUGUACCUUUUCUGCACCAUCCUGUGAAGCGUGGGAAUGGGCGGAAUUCCUCGUCCUUCUCGCCAGCCGUGAUUUUGGGCAGCUCCAUGGUAAGACGUGACUGUUCCUGGUGAAAAAACCAUGUCCUAUCCCGGAGCUCGAGUAAAUGACAUUACUAAGCUGCUCCCGUAUGUACUACGCCAGAACAUUGAUUCUAUCGUAGUCCAUGUGGGUUUUAAUGACAUUAUGAAGGGCAGCUCUGAACAGUUUUUAACUGGAUUUCAAAGAGCUGAUUAACUCUCUGCUAGACACUAAUCAAAUACCCAUCAUAUCUGGCCCUACGCCCUCUCUGAAUGGUGGCAUUGAAUGCUUUAGCAGGAUUAUUUCUCUUCACAACUGGCUACGUGAUUAUUGCAGCUCAAUGGAUGUAACUUUUGUUGACAAUUUCGAUACCUUUUGGAAACAAAACACGUUUUAUAAGGAGGAUGGGAUCCAUCCAAAUCAUUUGGGUUCCUGGAUCCUUUCACAGAAUUAUAAGGCUGCGAUGAGACAAUGACUUAUCAAUGACCCAAGCCCAGCUCAGCUAAUCCCUACCAUUGUGUCGCUGAGUCAUCAUAAUACUUUAGCUUUAUGUACAUUAUACCAGGGGCAUUGGUAGACACAAUGUAAGAAACCUAAUUUAUGUCCCUCUAACUGCCCUGAAUGCCUCUGCUGAUCCUACAGCUAUUGUAUGCAGCAAUCAUGUGUCUAUGAACCAGAUUUAUGCUGUUAGCACUGAGGCGGUGUGCCCUAGUAGGAAGUCCACUGUGUGCAGCUCACCCUGCAGUACUUCUGCUAAGCUUCCCAGUAAAGCAAUGAAAACAAGCAAGCAUUCCAGAAAAGUGCUCAAAAUACCCCACGUUAGCAUAUGUAGCUUAAGAAACAAGGUUCAUGAAAUUAAUAACUUGCUAGUAACAGAUGACAUUCAUAUUCUGACUAUCUCUGUAACUCACUUAGACAAUACCUUUGAUAAUACAGUGGUAGCAAUACAAGGUUAUAACAUUUACUUAAAAGACAGAAAUGCCAGUGGUGGAGGUGUUGCUGUUUAUAUUCAGAACCACAUUCCUGUAAAGAUUAGAGAGGAUCUCAUGUUAAAUACUGUUGAAGUAAUAUAGCUACAGGUUCAUCUGCCUCACAUAAAGCCCAUUCUUGUGGGAAGCUGCUAUAAACCACCAAGUGCUAACGGACAGUAUCUGUAUAACGUGUGAAAUGCUUGAUAAUGGAUGUGAUAUCAACAGAGAGGUAUAUUUUCUGGGUGAUUUAAAUAUUGACUGGCUUUCAUCAAGUUGCCCACUCAAGAAAAAGCUUCAAACUGUAACCAGUGCCUGCAACCUGCUUCAGGUUAUCAGUCAACCUACCAGGGUAGUUACAAACAGCACAGGAAUGAAAUCAUCAACAUGUAUUGCUCACAUCUUUACUAAUGCUGCAGAAAUGUGUUUGAAAGCAGUAUCCAGAUCCAUCGGAUGUAGUGACCACAAUAUAGUAGCCAUAUCUAGGAAAACCAAAGUUCCAAAGGUUGGGCCUAAUAUAGUGUAUAAGAGGUCAUACAAUACGUUUUGUAGUGAUUCCUAUGUUGUUGAUGUAAAGAAUAUUUGUUGGUCCGUGGUGUGUAAUUAAGAGCAAACAAAUGCUGCACUUGACACAUUUAUGAAAUUGCUUAUCCCAGUUACUAAUAAGCAUGCACCCAUUAAGAAAAUUACUGUAAAACUGUUCAAUCCCCGUGGAUUGAUGAGGUAUUGAAAAAUUGUAUGGUUGAGAGGGAUGAGGCAAAAGGAAUGGCAAAUAAGUCUGGCUGCACAACCGAUUGGCAAACGUACUGCAAAUUGAGAAAUCAUGUGACUAAACUGAAUAAAAAGAAGAAGAAACUACACUAUGAAACAAAGAUAAAUGACAUAAAGAAUGAUAGUAAAAUGCUUUGGAGCACAUUCAAUGACAUUUUGGGAAAAAAAGCAAACUCAGCUCCAUCAUUCAUUGAAUCAGAUGGCUCAUUCAUUACAAAACCGACUGAUAUUGCCAAAUAUUUUAAUUAUUUUUUCAUUGGCAAGAUUAGCAAACGUAGGCAUGACAUGCUAGCAACAAACGCUGACACUACACAUCCAAGUAUAUCUGACCAAAUUAUGAAAGACAAGAAUUGUAAUUUUGAAUUCUGUAAAGUGAGUGUGGAAGAGGUGAAAAAAGUAUUGUUGUCUAUCAACAAUGACAAGCCCACCGGGGUCUGACAACUUGGAUGGAAAAUUACUGAGGAUAAUAGCGGACGAUAUUGCCACUUCUAUUUGCCAUAUCUUCAAUUUAAGCCUACUAGAAAGUGUGUGCCCUCAGGCCUGGAGGGAAGCAAAAGUCAUUCCGCCACCUAAGAAUAGUAAAGCCCCCUUUACUGGCUCAAAUAGCCGACCAAUCUGCCUGUUACCAACCCUUGGUAAAGUUUUGGAAAAAUAGUGUUUGAUCAGAUACAAUGUUAUUUUACAGUAAACAAAUUGACAACAGACUUUCAGCAUGCUUAUAGGGAAGGAUAUUCAACAAGCACAGCACAUACACAAAUGACUGAUGAGUGGCUGAGAGAAAUUGAUGUUAAAAAGAUUGUGGGGGCUGUUUUGUUAGACUUCAGUGCUGCUUUUGACAUUAUCGAUCAUAGUCUGCUGCUGGAAAAACAUAUGUGUUAUGGCUUUACACCCCCUGCUCUAUUGUGGAUAAAGAGUUACCUGUCUAACAGAACACAGAGGGUGUUCUUUAAUGGAAGCCUCUCCAACAUAAUCCAGGUAGAAUCAGGAAUUCCCCAGGGCAGCUGUCUAGGCCCCUUACUUUUUUCAAUCUUUACUAACGACAUGCCACUGGUUUUGAGUAAAGCCAGUUUGUCUAUGUAUGCAGAUGACACAACACUAUACACACCAGCUACUAUAGCAACUGAACUGACUGCAACACUUAACAAAGAGCUGCAGUUAGUUUCAGAAUGGGUGGCAAGGAAUACGUUAGUCCUAAAUAUUUCAAAAAAUAAAAGCAUUGUAUUUGGAAAAAUAAUUUACUAAACCCUAAACCUCAACUAAAUCUUGUAAUAAAUAAUGUUGAAAUUGAGCAAAUUGAGGUGACUAAACUGCUUGGAGUAACCCUGUAUUGUAAACUGUCGUUGUCAAAACAUAUUGAUACAACAGUAGCUAAGAUGGGGAGAAGUCUGUCCAUAAUAAAGCGCUGCUCUACCUUCUUAACAGCACUAUCAACAAGGCAGGUCCUACAGGCUCUAGUUUUGUCGCACCUGGACUACUGUUCAGUCGUGUGGUCAGGUGCCAGAAAGAGAGACUUAGGAAAAUUGCAAUUGGCUCAGAACAGGGCAACACGGCUGGCCCUUGGAUGUACACAGAGAGAAAACAUUAAUAAUAUUUUACAUUUUGCAUGUCAAUCUCUCCUAGCUGAAAGUAGAGGAGAGAUUGACUUCAUCACUACUUGUAUUUGUGAGAGGUAUUGACAUGUUGAAUGCACCGAGCUGUCUGUUUAAACGACUAGCACACAGCUCAGACACCCAUGCAUACCCCACAAGACAUGCCACCAGAGGUCUCUUCACAGUCCCCAAGUCCAGAACAGACUAUGGGAAGCGCACAGAGCCACAUAGAGCCAUGACUACAUGGAACUCUAUUCCACAUCAGGUAACUGAUGCAAGCAGUAGAAUCAGAUUUAAAAAACAGAUAAAAAUACACCUUAUGGAACAGCGGGGACUGUGAAGCAACACAAACAUAGGCACAGACACAUGCAUACACACACAUGAUAACAUACGCACUAUACACACACGUACACAUGGAUUUUGUGUUGUAGAUAUUUGGUAGUGGAGUAUGGGCCUGAGGGCACACACUUAGUGUGUUGUGAAUUCUGUAAUGAAUGUACACUACCGGUCAAAAGUUUUAGAACACCUACUCAUUCAAGGGUUUUUCUUUAUUUUGACUAUUUUCUACAUUGUAGAAUAAUAGUGAAGACAUCAAAACUAUGAAAUAACACAUAUGGAAUCAUGUAGUAACCAAAAAACUGUUAAACAAAUCAAAAUAUAUUUUAUAUUUGAGAUUCUUCAAAUAUCCAGCCUUUGCCUUGAUGACAGCUUUGCACACGCUUGGCAUUCUCUCAACCAGCUUCACCUGGAAUGCUUUUCCAACGGUCUUGAAGGAGUUCCCACAUAUGCUGAGCACUUGUUGGCUGCUUUUCCUUCACUCUGCGGUCCGACUCAUCCCAAACCAUCUCAAUUUGGUUGAGGUUUGGGGGAUUGUGGAGGCCAGGUCAUCUGAUGCAGCACUCCAUUACUCUCCUUCUUGGUAAAAUAGCCCUUACACAGCCUGGAGGUGUGUUGGGUCAUUGUCCUGUUGAAAAACAAAUGAUAGUCCCACAGGGUUACGUAAACCAUAGGAAGUUUGGGGAGGAUGAUGAUGAUGUGAAAUACCUAAAUGACAGAUUGGUAAUAGGAUUAACGCUCCCCACGCUAUAACCUGAUUUCAAUCUCUGAGAAACGGAGCAUUACAUCUCGUCCGUCGAUACCGUUCCAACUCCCAUAUCGAUCCCACAGCAAUAACACAACCACUGUCAGGCAGCCUCAGUCGCAGUUAUGUAGACACACUGUCAUAUUGUCAUGAGUUGUUUAGUUGUUUGGCUGUUUUUGUUGUUGUUGCAGUGAAUGCUAAGGCUUAUUGCGGUUAGGCUAUCUAAGGUGUGUUUUAGUUUUAUCAGCAUUAGCAUAAGCCGCUAUGAGGGAGGUAAAUGUGAGUUGUUUUGCUGAUUAGUAGCGCUGAAGGCUAAGCUAAGGCUUAAAUUCCUACCAACUGCCACCAACUUCCAACAGUUGGACACAAGUUUGAUCCAAGGCUAAUAUGAGAAUAGCGACAAGGCACAAGGCACAAAGGCAAACAGUAGAUGGCUGAUAUUGUCAAACAGUAGAUGGCUGAUAUUGUCAAACAGUAGAUGGCUGAUAUUGUCAAACAGUAGAUGGCUGAUAUUGUCAAACAGUAGAUGGCUGAUAUUGUCAAACAGUAGAUGGCUGAUAUUGUCAAACAGUAGAUGGCUGAUAUUGUCAAACAGUAGAUGGCUGAUAUUGUCAAACAGUAGAUGGCUGAUAUUGUCAAACAGUAGAUGGCUGAUAUUGUCAAUUAAUAUAUUGUUCAAGGUUGCAGUUUGUUCACUGUUGUAUGGUGGGUGAGGUUAGUGAUAUAUCCUGUUAACUAAAGCCCUGUUAACUAAAGCCCUGCCUUGAUGGGUUUGUCCGUAACUAAAGCCCUGUUAACCAAAGCCCUGCCUUGAUGGGUAUAUCCUUAACUAAAGACCUGUUAACUAUAUUUUUACAUUGACAUUUUUGUCAUUUACCAGAUGCUCUUAUCCAGAGUGACUUACAGUAGUGAAUGCAUACAUGUUUUUAGUUUUUCGUGCUGGUCCCCCAUGGGAAUCGAACCCACAGCCCUGUCGUUGGAAGUGCCAUAUCUAAAGCCUUCCUUGAUGGGUUUGUCCUUAACUAUAUAUAUGUGGUCCUCUGUAGCUCAGCUGGUAGAGCACGGCGCUUGUAACGCCAAGGUAGUGGGUUCGAUCCCCGGGACCACCCAUACACAAAAAAAUUAAAAUAAUGUAUGCACGCAUGACUGUAAGUCGCUUUGGAUAAAAGCGUCUGCUAAAUGGCAUAUUAUUAUAUAUUAUAACUAAAGAUAGGGCUGGGCGAUAUAUCUAAUUCAUUCGAUUAAAUGUAUGUUUUUGUGCGAUAUUCCAAAUGCCUGUAUCGCAAGAAUCAAGGUUUAGUUAUUUUUCGUUUUUAUGAGUGUUUUUGUCCGCUUGUUCUCGUGUUGUAUUUUUGGUCUUGUCUUUUUACUCCUUCUGUGCUGUGUGCACCUCCCCAUUUACACCAGAGAUCUGUAUAUAAUGAAGAAAUGCACACCUCCGCCCUAACAAUGGGAAUUGUUGUCCCAAAGGCGGGAAGGCAGGCGACAAGCUUAUGUCCAAAAUAAGCCCAUAGAAACGCAUUGGGCUUAUUUUGGGCAGAUUUUAGCGAGUGUGAAACCUCUCGCCUCACCUCUUCCUCUAUGGUUUACACACACCAAGCCCCUCCCCCUGCCUCUCACGCCAACAAAGUUGACAGAUCACAUCUUCCUCUCUGAUAAGCGGUUUCAGCUCGCUAUUUGCAUUUGAGGUUUGGUCCAACAGAAUCGGUCAUAUGGAUACCGAAACACAUCGAGACAUUAUUUUACUGUAAUAGAGAAGUUAACUUUUCUAACAAUACCCUUUUUAUGUCUCAACUACUCAAAUUGCGCGCAGAGCAGACACUACUAAAAUAAGAGUAUCAAUGAACAUUGAUUGUGGAAAAUGUAUGCUCAGUUUGUCGCGCGUGGCACUGGGUUACCACGUACCGCUAGCAGCAUUUUAGCCAAAUACUGUUAUACUAACAUUCUAGUCUGUGUUUUAUAAAUGUGCAAUAAGCAUAAAACACAAUUAUAUACAGAAUUGGCAACUCGUUCUCAUUCUGAGAAAUAAUGUAGGCCACUUGAUUUCAACAUCUGAACAAAGUGGACAGGCUAACAUGCUUUUCAAACAGUUGGGGACAGACAGAAGGGUAUGUUCAUAACAAUUCAACUGUUCAACCUUGUUAGCUAGCAAAUAGAUCCAAGUUGGCUAAACUUGAAAUAUAAAGAUUAGCUAGCUAAUCGCUAGCACGUGGGCUUGAGAGAUUGUUGAUGAGACCUGUGUUAAUUUUCUAUAAUGCCUACUACAAGAAGUUAGUCAUUAGUGAAUGUGCAUUAUGCAUGGUUCUAGUUAAAUUUGUAAAGAAGAAGGGCAUUUUCAUAGACAGACUUGAUUAUUGCAACAACAAAAAAGCAGGUUAAACUAUUUUGAUGAAAUAAUUAAAUUAUUAGUGGGUCUUAUGGUUGUGGAAGUCUUAUAUUUAACCUAGGUAUAACUUCACAAGACCUGAAUUCAUUAGAUUAUUGCUGACUGUUUGAAAUGCAGUGUAUUCUACCUUUAAUUGUACAACAACGCUUAUUUAGAGAGAUGUGCCCUUGAGCAAGGCACUUAACCCUAAUUGCUCCUGUAAGUCGCUCUGGAUAAGAGCGUCUGCUAAAUGACUAAAAUGUAAAUGUAAAACAUAAAAAAAAAAUAGAUAUACAGUACCAGUCAAAAGUUUGGACACACCUACUCAAUCAAGGGUUUUUCUUAAUUUUUUUUACUAUUUUCUACAUUGUAGAAUAAUAGUGAAGACAUCAAAACUAUGAAAUAACACAUAUGGAAUCCCGUAGUAACCAAAUUAAAAUAUAUGUUAUAUUUGAGAUUCUUCAAAGUAGCCACCCUUUGCCUUGAUGACAGCUUUGCACACUCUUGGCAUUCUCUCAACCAGCUUCACCUGGAAUGCUUUUCCAACAGUCUUGAAGGAGUUCCCACACAUGCUUAGCACUUGUUGGCAGCUUUUCCUUCACUCUGCCGUCCAACUCAUCCCAAACCAUCUCAAUUGGGUUGAGGUUGGGGGGUUGUGGAGGCCAGGUCAUCUGAUGCAGCACUCCAUCACUCUCCUUCUUGGUCAAAUAGCCCUUACAAAGCCUGGAGGUGUGUUGGGUCAUUGUCCUGUUGAAAAACAAAUGAUAGUCCCACUAAGUGCAAACCAGAUGGGAUGGCGUGUCGCUGCAGAAUGCUGUGGUAGCCAUGCUGGUUAAGUGUGCCUUGAAUUCUAAAUAAAUCCCUGACAAUGUCACCAGCAAAGCACCCCCACACCAUCACGUGGAUCGCCCAUAAGUAAAAAAAAAUAUUUGUAGGCCAUAUCGCCCAGCCCUAACUAAAGCCCUGCCUUGAUGGGUUUGUCCUUAACUAAAGCCCCGUUAACUAAAGCCCUGCCUCGAUGGGUUUGUCCUGACUAAAGCUCUGUUAACUAAAGCCCUGCCUCGAUGGGUUUGGCCUAACUAAAGAUCUGUUAACUAAAGCCCUGCCUCCUGGGUUUGUCCUUAACUAAAGCCCUGUUAACUAAAGCCCUGCCUCGAUGGGUUUGUCCUUAACUAAAGCCCUGUUAACUAAAGCUCUUCCUUCAUGGAAACACUGAUUACCCGCUUACUAGGCGGAUAUGAGUUUUUGGCUAGUCGACCAGGGUCGUAUCAGGGUGGUACCAGGGUCGUAUCAGGGCACAUGGAUGGAGGAUCAAGACAAUGUUAUGGUGAGAUCACCACUAUCAGUUUAUUUCCACUGAUGUAGCAUGUUCAAUGCUUAUGUCAUCAGAAAAAAUGUUGUCACCAUUGUGUUAUUCAUUUAACUCUUUGGACAUUGCAAAUAUGAAAUGUCUAAGGUUUCAUCCAGAAGACUACCUAGUGUUGUUUUUUCUAUAUUCAAGCAGUAGGGAAAAUGACCCUGUUACAGUAUAUUGCACUUUGCAAUAACAGGGAGAUGUUGUUUCUGCUUAUAGAAGUACAGCCCUGCUGUUUUUGUAUUAUCCUGGUUUGACUGCAUCAGCAAAGUGUGUGUGUGUGUGUGUGUGUGUGUGUUUAAUUAUGGGCCUGCUGCCCUGCUAAUCGUCACUGAGCCCGAUACUAAACAAACGUAAUCCUACUUUUACAUAACACAAACAAUAAUAAUAUAAUAAUAAUAUGCCAUUUAGCAGACGCUUUUAUCCAAAGAGACUUACAGUCAUGUGUGCAUACAUUUUUACGUAUGGGUGGUCCCGGGGAUCGAACCCACUACCCUAUUAUGCUCUACCAAUUGAGCUACAGAGGACCACCCAUACCGAAUACAACAGACAGAUACGUUGCGUGUGUGUUGCUGUCAGUGUGAGUGUGAGAGACGUGCCUGCGUGGUGUGUAUUCCUCUCUCAUCCACACUGUAACACCACAGAGACAGCUCAUUUUAAUUCCAUCUGUAACUCAUCCCUUGUCUCGCUCCUAGACCAAAGUAGCCGAACCACAAACAGUAUCUUCGCAAUAUAUUCACAAACCAGAAUCGAUCGAUGUCUUCAGCUUGACCAAGUGUUUUUCGGUUGAUUUCCUUUCGGGAAUAAUCACUUCCUUUCUUCCUAUCUGUGUUGUCUUGGCGUUGUUAUGGCCAUGACAACCUUUCCAUUACCGUCAGGAAAAUCACCACCUCAUUACCCACAGGGCAAUCUGCUGAAAGAUGACUGCCGCCGCAGGGGAUUGUGUCACUCGUCUCUGUCGCUCUCUCGGCUCCUUUGGGCCAGCUCAUUGGCCAGUCCAAGUCACCUGGAGUUUUACAUAAAGGUGGCAUAGAGAUAGUGGAGGAGCAUGGGUAAUGCGGUACUGGAUACCUUUUUUCUUGGAGUACUUAAGUCAAUGUCAAUACUAUCAUAGGCUACUACUUAGAAUGGAUGCCCAAUGGGUUGCUUCAUACUAAGUGCUAUACUCUAGUAUAGCUAUUGGCUAUUGGAACAGAGCCUUUUGUCUGUUUCAGACUUGGCCAAAUACACUAAAAUUGGGACCAGAUGCGUUUUUACUUGGCACUCAGCAUUAAGGAGAGCGAUUGGGGGGUAAGGCCCUGCUUGGCACUCAGCAUUAAGGAGAUAAAUUGGGGGUAAGGCCUUGCUUGGCACUCAGCAUUAAGGAGAGCGAUUGGGGGUAAGGCCCUGCUUGGCACUCAGCAUUAAGGAGAUAGAUUGGGGGGUAAGGCCCUGCUUGGCACUCAGCAUUAAGGAGAUAGAUUGGGGGUAAGGCCUUGCUUGGCACUCAGCAUUAAGGAGAGCGAUUGGGGGGUAAGGCCCUGCUUGGCACUCAGCAUUAAGGAGAUAGAUUGGGGGUAAGGCCCUGCUUGGCACUCAGCAUUAAGGAGAUAGAUUGGGGGUAAGGCCCUGCUUGGCACUCAGCAUUAAGGAGAGCGAUUGGGGGUAAGGCCCUGCUUGGCACUCAGCAUUAAGGAGAUAGAUUGGGGGUAAGGCCUUGCUUGGCACUCAGCAUUAAGGAGAUAGAUUGGGGGUAAGGCCCUGCUUGGCACUCAGCAUUAAGGAGAGCGAUUGGGGGGUAAGGCCCUGCUUGGCACUCAGCAUUAAGGAGAUAGAUUGGGGGUAAGGCCCUGCUUGGCACUCAGCAUUAAGGAGAGCGAUUGGGGGUAAGGCCCUGCUUGGCACUCAGCAUUAAGGAGAGCGAUUGGUGGUAAGGCCCUGCUUGGCACUCAGAAUUAAGGAGAGCGAUUGGGGGUAAGGCCCUGCUUUGCACUCAGCAUUAAGGAGAGCGAUUGGGGGUAAGGCCCUGCUUGGCACUCAGCAUUAAGGAGAUGGAUUGGGGGUAAGGCCCUGCUUGGCACUCAGCAUUAAGGAGGUAGAUUGGGGAUAAGGCCCUGCUUGCCACUCAGCAUUAAGGAGAUAUAUUGGGGGUAAGGCCCUGCUUGGCACUCAGCAUUAAGGAAAGAGGUUGGGGGUAAGGCCCUACUUGGCACUCAGCAUUAAGGAGAUAGAUUGGGGGUAAGGCCUUGCUUGGCACUCAGCAUUCAGGAGAGAGGUUGGGGGUAAGGCCCUGCUUGGCACUCAGAAUUAAGGAGAGAGGUUGGGGGUAAGGCCCUGCUUAGCACUCAGCAUUAAGGAGGUAGAUUGGGGGUAAGGCCUUGCUUGGCACUCAGCAUUAAGGACAUAGAUUGGGGGUAAGGCCCUGCUUGGCACUCAGCAUUAAGGAGGUAGAUUGGGGGUAAGGCCCUGCUUGGCACUCAGCAUUAAGGAGAUAGAUUGGGGGUAAGGCCCUGCUUGGCACUCAGCAUUAAGGAGAUAGAUUGGGGGAAGGGCUUGCUUGGCACUCAGCAUUAAGGAGCUAGAUUGGGGGAAGGGCUUGCUUGGCACUCAGAAUUAAGGAGAGAGGUUGGGGGUAAGGCCCUGCCCUUCUGGCUCAUACAAGCCAAGUCUACUUACCAACUGACUUAUCUACAGUACCUUCAUAUGAUCCAACCAGACUUUGAACAGUCAUUCAGCCAGACUUGUUCUGUCCCGUUACUACUUCAGUGACAAAAAAUGUCCCCCAGUUUUUUGCAGAGACCUUCCCCCAUGAAGUUAGAUGAACAGGUCCCACAGGGGCCAACUGUGAUUAAACGCUUUAGAGAACACCUUGUUCUAUUUUCUUCAUGCUUCUCUCUCUGUCCACCAGGUCUUCAUGCUUCUCUCUCUAUCCACCAGGUCUUCAUGCUUCUCUCUCUGGCCACCAGGUCUUCAUGCUUCUCUCUCUGUCCACCAGGUCUUCAUGCUUCUCUCUCUGGCCACCAGAUCUUCAUGCUUCUCUCUCUGUCCACCAGGUCUUCAUGCUUCUCUCUCUGGCCACCAGAUCUUCAUGCUUCUCUCUCUGUCCACCAGGUCUUCAUGCUUCUCUCUCUGUCCACCAGGUCUUCAUGCUUCUCUCUCUGUCCACCAGGUCUUCAUGCUUCUCUCUCUGUCCACCAGGUCUUCAUGCUUCUCUCUCUGGCCACCAGAUCUUCAUGCUUCUCUCUCUGUCCACCAGGUCUUCAUGCUUCUCUCUCUGGCCACCAGGUCUUCAUGCUUCUCUCUCUGGCCACCAGGUCUUCAUGCUUCUCUCUCUGUCCACCAGGUCUUCAUGCUUCUCUCUCUGGCCACCAGAUCUUCAUGCUUCUCUCUCUGUCCACCAGGUCUUCAUGCUUCUCUCUCUGGCCACCAGAUCUUCAUGCUUCUCUCUCUCUGUCCACCAGGUCUUCAUGCUUCUCUCCCGAUGGGAGCUGACGGAGGACCACGGGGCCUGUCAAGGUCUUCAUGCUUCUCUCUCUGUCCACCAGGUCUUCAUGCUUCUCUCUCUGGCCACCAGAUCUUCAUGCUUCUCUCUCUGUCCACCAGGUCUUCAUGCUUCUCUCUCUGGCCACCAGGUCUUCAUGCUUCUCUCUCUGGCCACCAGGUCUUCAUGCUUCUCUCUCUGUCCACCAGGUCUUCAUGCUUCUCUCUCUGUCCACCAGAUCUUCAUGCUUCUCUCUUACUGUGGAUAGCAGGUGUGUGUGUGUGUGUUUGUGCUUGUGUGAUUGUGUGUGUACCUAUGUGUGUGUGUGUGUGUGUGUGUAUGUUCUACACCUUGGAUUAAAAGGCCCGGUCGAUCUUCCUUGACAGGCCCCGUGGUCCUCCGUCAGCUCCCAUCGGGUUUGAGGCGCGUCUAUCUUCCUUGACAGGCCUCGUGGUCCUCUGUCAGCUCCCAUCGGGUUUGAGGCGCGUUACCUGUCGCAUUAUUUGGCCCGCGCCCACAUGCGAACAUGACCCCUUAUUUAUGAGAGAACAGAUUCUCAGGUUACACCAGAGCCCAGAGGAGAAAUGAAGUUAUAUGUACAGGCACCACAGCUGCUCCGUGGCUUGCUACCCUUUGUCAUAGAUAUUAGAUACCAGACUCAUGCUGUGCUUGUCUAUGAUUAUAAGUCGCUCUGGAUAAGAUUGCCUAUGAUUGUAAUAAGGCGAAAUUACUUAAAUGUAAAUGUGAAAUGUAUGUUUAAUUGCCAGUCAUACCAACUCCUUGUCCAUCAUUUUCAUGCUAAACAUUUUUGUCUUGACAAUGACAGCAUACAGCAAUGGAUUUGUUAUUUAUGUUAUUGCAUUUUGUACUUUUAUUUAUUCAGGGGGGCCCAAUUGAGACCAGGGUCUCAUUCUUAAUGGUGCCCUGAGAACAAAAAAUGCACAAAUGAAAUGAAUUCAAUAAAACAGCAACAAACAAAAGAAAUCUACAAGAUACAGCACAGACACACUACAUUUCAACAACACAAAUACAUUAGUACAAAUCAAAUCAAAUCAAAUUGUAUUUGUCACAUACACGUGUUUAGCAGAUGUUAUUGCGGGUGUAGCAAAAUGCUUGUGUUUCUAAUGUGCUAGUGAUGGCUAUUUAACAGUCUGAUGGCCUUGAGAUAGAAGCUGUUUUUCAUUCUCUCGGUCCCAGCUUUGAUGCACCUGUACUGACCUCGCCUUCUGGAUGAUAGCGGGGUGAACAGGCAGUGGCUCGGGUGGUUGAUGUCCUUGAUGAUCUUUUUGGCCUUCCUGUGACAUCGGGUGCUGUAGGUGUCCUGGAGGGCGGGUAGUUUGCCCCCGGUAAUGCGUUCGGCAGACCACACCACCCUCUGGAGAGCCCUGCGGUUGCGGGCGGUGCAGUUGCCGUACCAGGCGGUGAUACAGCCCGACAGGAUGCUCUCAAUUGUGCAUCUGUAAAAGUUUGUGAGGGUUUUAGGUGCCAAGCCAAAUUUCUUCAGCCUCCUGAGAUUGAAGAGGCUCUGUUGCGCCUUCUUCACCACACUGUCUGCAUGGGUGGACCAUUUCAGUUUGUCAGUGAUGUGUACGCCAAGGAACUUUCCUCAUCAAAGUUUUAAACUUCCCUAUUGGCACCAGGGAUUCAAGAUGUAAUGUGGUUAGUAAAUUAUUCCAAACAUGGGGGACGUUAAAACUAAGGUGCUGAUUUACCUAGGUUGGUAGAGACACAAGGGACCUCAGGAGUUAACCAACCCUGUGUGUUUGGUGCCUCGUAUUUGUAUACUUUUUAAAUACUUUUUAUAACAGAGAAGUGAGAUACACUCAGUGGCCAGUUUAUUAGGUACACCCAUCUAGUACUGGGUUGGACUCCCCUUUGCCUCCAGUACAGCCUUGGGGCAUGGAAACUUUGUUCAAUUGGUAUCAAGGGACCUAACGUGUACAAGGAAAAUAUUCCCCAAACCAUUACACCACUGCCACCAGCCUGUACUGUUGACACCAGCAGGAUGGGGCCAUGGACUCAUGCUGCUUACGCCAAAUCCUUUAAAAAAUUGUUUUAAGAAAACAAGUGAUAGACAACAAUACAGAUAAAAACAAAUAAAUAAAAAAUGGUGUACAGGUGUGGUUGGAAGCCCAAGGGUUGAUAUGAAAACCACACCACAAAAACACUAUAUACAAUACAUAAGUACACAGAUAAAAAAGGUUUGUUAAAACAGAUAACAAAACCUACUAAUUAUAAAUGUACAAAUGAAUUGAUCAGUAAUCACACACACAAAAAAAAGAUAUUUGUUUUGUUUAAAUGUGUGUGUGCAUGUGAGUGUGUGAGAGUUAGGCUAUGUGGAGGAGAUUACUGAGUAGUUUGGUUCAUCAGGCUGACCCCAGUCUUCAUGGAGGGGAUUACUGAGUAGUUUGGUUCAUCAGGCUGACCCCCAGUCUUCAUGGAGGAGAUUACUGAGUAGUUUGGUUCAUCAGGCUGACCCCCAGUCUUCAUGGAGGAGAUUACUGAGUAGUUUGGUUCAUCAGGCUGACCCACAGUCUUCAUGGAGGGGAUUACUGAGUAGUUUGGUUCAUCAGGCUGACCCCCAGUCUUCAUGGAGGAGAUUACUGAGUAGUUUGGUUCAUCAGGCUGACCCCCAGUCUUCAUGGAGGAGAUUACUGAGUAGUUUGGUUCAUCAGGCUGACCCCCAGUCUUCAUGGAGGAGAUUACUGAGUCGUUUGGUUCAUCAGGCUGACCCCCAGUCUUCAUGGAGGGGAUUACUGAGUAGUUUGGUUCAUCAGGCUGACCCCCAGUCUUCAUGGAGGAGAUUACUGAGUAGUUUGGUUCAUCAGGCUGACCCCCAGUCUUCAUGGAGGAGAUUACUGAGUCGUUUGGUUCAUCAGGCUGACCCCCAGUCUUCGCUUGAAGUUAUUGAGGGAUGAUGAGGUUUUUGCAAUGUGACGAUAAGAAUUCCAGAGUAUGGUACCUCUAUAUCUGAUAGAGAAUUGACUAUGUGAGGUGUGGCAGUGGGGAGGGUGAAGGUUUUCGCAGUGUCUUGUUAUAUAGAUGGAUUUGAGAUUUAACCUGGAAGAAUCCAUUGAAGGGUUUAGGUAAACUGUCUGGGAGGUAUGAGUAUUCGUAGAUGAAAGUGCAUAAUUGGCGUACAUUAAUGUCGUAAAUAGAAAAGAUAUUGAGUUUCUUAAACAGAAGUGCAGAUGGAGCCAGGUAAUUAGAGGAGGUGGCUAGUCUUGCACAUUUAUUUUGUAUGAUGAGUAAUUUGUGUAGGUAGGAGGCAUAUGUACUGGCCCAGACAAUAUUACAGUAAAUUAGAUAUGGGUAAAUUAAGCCAUAGUAUAGAGUUAGGAAGCAAGCCUGAUGAACCAAACCACUAAUCUCUCUGCCAUCAGCAUGACGCAACAGGAACCGGGAUUCGUCUGACCAGGCGAUGUUUUUCAACUCCUCACUUGUCCAGUGUUGGUGAUGGCCUGUCCACUGGAGCCGCUGCUUCUUGUUUUUAGCUGAUAGGAGUGGAACCCGGUGUGGUCGUCUGCUGCAAUAGCCAAUCCAUGACAAGGACCAACGAGUCCUAUACUGUAAUACUACUACUAACCUACUACUCACCAAUGUCAUUGGGUUCAUCAAGCUUAUUAUCUUAGCGAUGUAUUACAACAUACUGUACUUAACUGUCCAUGCGAUUAAAGACUUACUCUGUGUUAAGCCUGAGUAAACUGGUCCCAGAUCUGUUUGUGCUCUUGGUCCCAGAUCUGUUUGUGCUCUUGGUCCCAGAUAUGUUUGUGCUCUUGGUCCCAGAUCUGUUUGUGCUCUUGGUCCCAGAUCUGUUUGUGCUAUUGGUCCUGAUGUGGCAAAUUCAUCCUUAUACUGAUCAAAGAACAAAAGUAUUUCCAGAGUUUUUGUAGAAUUAUUACAAUGGACAAAGCCAAGUGGUCUGCAGAGCAUCUCCCUUCCAUAUCUCAGCUCUCAGUUUAUAUAGUCAUUUUACAUACAUUUUAGUUUAACCCCUCCCUCUUUGGUUCCACCACCACUGUCUCCAGUUUUCACCUCUUGACCGCUCCACCCACUUCCUUAGUUUAUGAUAGUGGCGAAAUCUGACUUCUAUUCAGUUUGGAAACAAUGGUGGUGUGACCAACCAAGCUUUGUCAUGCAAAAAUAAUCAUGUUCAGUUUGAACUCUGUUCAACCCCGGCUCACCCUUGCUUGACCUGGAGAUUGAUUGUGGACAUGGCAGGUCCACAAUCAAUCUCUCAAAAAUACCCAAGCCCAACCCCUCUCUCCCACCCUGUCAGGCUGUAAUUAAUCAAGAAGACACCCAAGGAGAGACAAAGGGUUUAACCUGAACUCUGUUCAACCCUGGCUCGUUCCAGGGAUAUGCCUAAGGAGAGCCACAGGGUCACAGUCUGGUUUCAGUCACUGAUAAGAUAAGACAACUGUAGAAUUUGACCCGAACACAGGUCAGAUGCCCAUUUCACACACACACAAACCCAGUGAGAGGAACCAAUUGAGUUCUUGCCUAGCAACAGAGAUAAAAAUCCAUAUUAAUGUAAAAAUCCACAUCAGUCCCAGAUCUCUUUGUCCUCUUGGUCCCAGAUCUCUUUGUGCUCUUGGUCCCAGAUCUAUUUGUGCUAUUGGUCCCAGAUCUCUUUGUGCUAUUGGUCCCAGAUCUGUUUGUGCUCUUGGUCCCAGAUCUAUUUGUGCUAUUGGUCCCAGAUCUCUUUGUGCUAUUGGUCCCAGAUCUGUUUGUGCUCUUGGUCCCAGAUCUAUUUGUGCUAUUGGUCCCAGAUCUCUUUGUGCUAUUGGUCCCAGAUCUAUUUGUGCUAUUGGUCCCAGAUCUCUUUGUGCUAUUGGUCCCAGAUCUAUUUGUGCUAUUGGUCCCAGAUCUGUUUGUGCUAUUGGUCCCAGAUCUCUUUGUGCUAUUGGUCCCAGAUCUAUUUGUGCUAUUGGUCCCAGAUCUGUUUGUGCUAUUGGUCCCAGAUCUCUUUGUGCUAUUGGUCCCAGAUCUGUUUGUGCUCUUGCCAAUAGACACUCAGUUGUCGUUCACUAAACUGGUUUGCUCCUACAGACAGUGAACUGGUUUGCUCCUACAGACAGUGAACUGGUUUGCUCCUACAGACAGUGAACUGGUUUGCUCCUACAGACAGUGAACUGGUUUGCUCCUACAGACAGUGAGUCACGUGGCCGUGGCUUGCUUUAUAAAGCAGGCAGAUGGGCAUCGAAGGCAUUCAGUUACUGUUCGAUUGAACGUUAGAAUGGGCAAAACUAGUGACCUAAGCGACUUUGAACAUGGUAUGAUUGUCGGUGCUAGGUGCACCAGUUCCGGUAUCUCAGAAACGGCCGGCCUCCUGGGCUUUUCACGCACAACAGUGUCUAGGGAUUACCGAGAAUGGUGCGACAAACAAAAAACAUUCAGUCAGCGGCAGUCCUGUGGGCAAAAACAGCUCGUUGAUGAGAGAGGUCGAAGGAGAAUAGCAAGAAUUGUGCAAGCUAGCAGGCAGGCCACAAACAGGCAAAUAACGGGGCAGUACAACAGUGGUGUGCAGAACGGCAUCUCAGAAUGCACAACUCGUUGGUCCUUGUCACGGAUUGGCUAUUGCAGCAGACGACCACACCGGAGUCCACUCCUAUCAGCUAAAAACAAGAAGAAGCAUUACUACAGUAUAGGACUGGAACUCACCUGUAGAUCUUAAUUUCAUUUUCUACAAGUGGGUCUCCGGACCACAAUGUUCCACCAUGUUAUCCCAUUUCUCACGCGCACACACACACACCAGAGCUGGGUUCAAAUACUAUUUCAAAUAUCUCAAUUACUUUCACAUACAUUUAUUCCAAUAUGUUUUAUUUGAAAAAACAAAUAGUUGAAUAUUUGAAUGUAUUUGGAAAUACACACUUGGAAAGUAUUGGCAUAUAUUUGAAAAUACUCAAAUACAUUGACUCAAAUACACUCCCAUGCAGCUAACUCAGGUAUUUGAAAAUAGUAUUUGAAAAUACUAAAAUACAUAAGUAUUGAAAUAGCACACACACACACACACACCUAUACAUUCACAGACAUACUGUAUACCUAUACAUUCACAAACACACACCUGUACAAAACAUACACGCACAUACAACCCCCCCCCCCCCACACACACACACACACAUACAAACACACAAGGAGUGGGGCACAGCAGGAAACAUGGCGAUGGCAGAUGUAGCAGGGCUGACGCAAACAUGCCUUUCCUCAGUUUCCUGGCUCGCUGUACCACGACAGCUUUCGAAUGGUUCUGUCUGCGUUAUACAAUAUUUAUCUUGAGUUUCAUCUACUGUAUUUAUAUUUGGCUACAAUUGGGAGAGAUUGACUCACAGCCACAGCUCAUAUGUAACUAUAUUAUGUGAUGUAAUAUAGUGAUGCGAGAGGUUCUAAUCACCAUAGAGGCUAGAUUAAACAGUGACAUGAGGAAUUGAACACAGUUGUGACGAUGCAGAUUAACCUCAGCCUCUACUGCAGGAUCUCACUGCUGCCACCAAAUGUAACAAUGUAGGAGGUCAAUGCCUUUGCAGUAGGAUGUAGAAUGCCUUUGCAGUAGGAUAUAGAAUGCCUUUGCAGUAGGAUGUAGAAUGCCUUUGCAGUAGGAUUUAGAAUGCCUUUGCAGUAGGAUGUAGAAUGCCUUUGCAGUAGGAUGUAGAAUGCCUUUGCAGUAGAAUAUAGAAUGCCUUUGGAGUAGGAUGUAGAAUGCCUUUGCAGGCUUCUGGAGGGGCUAGGUAGGGUUGCUGAACUUACUUAGUGCUGCCAACAUGUAGAUGUUUGAUUGUUAUCGAUUUUGGAUUUACAGUUCACUCAGAUGUGAUGUGUAUUGGGCGCUGCAGACAUCCUUUCCUCAGUUUGACUGCUCGCUGACACUACAUAGGCUCUUCGAAAUGUCUUGCGUAUCGAAUUACAUUGAGUUGUUCACUGCAUAUAUUUGUAUUGGGAAGAGAUUAUGCAAGGCACGGUAUGGCUCAUCAUGUAACCUAUCUAUUGAUGUAAAUAUGGCGAAGUUCUAAUCGACAUAGAGUGCAUAGAUUAAACAUGUGCAUGAGGCAAUUCACAUUGACAUGAACUUAACCUCACCUUUCACUUAGGAUCUACUGUUCCACAUAGGAAUUAACCACAUGUAGGAUCAUGACCUUUCCAAAUUAGGACAUGACCUUUCCAACUAGGAUAUAGGACAUGACCUUUCCAACUAUUAGGACAUGACUUUCCAACAUAGGAAACUUCACUAUAGGACAUGACCUUUCCACUAUUAGGACAUGACCUUUCCACAAAUUAGGACAUGACCUUUCCAAUAUUAGGACAUGACCUUUCACUGGACAUGAUUCCAACUAUGUAGGACAUGACCUUCCAACUAUUAGCAUGACCUUCAACUAUAGGACAUGACCUUUCCAACUAUUAGGACAUGACCUUUCCAACUAUUAGGACAUGACCUUUCCACUAUUAGGACAUGACCUUUCCAACUAUUGACAUGACUUUCCAACUAUUAGGACAUGACCUUUCCAAUAUAGGACAUGACCUUUCCAACUAUUAGGACAUGACCUUUCAACAUUACAUCCUUUCCAACUAUUGACAUGACCUUUCCAACUAUUAGGACAUGACCUUUCCAACUUUGGACAUGACCUUUCCAACUAUUAGGACAUGACCUUUCCAACUAUAGGACAUAACCUUUCCAACUAUUAGACAUGACCUUUCCACUAUUAGGACAUGACCUUCCACUAUUAGGACAUGACCUUCACUAUUAGGACAACCUUUCCAACUAUUAGGACAUACCUUUCCACUAUAUAGGUACAUGACCUUUCCAACUAUUAGGACAUGACCUUUCCAACUAUUAGGACAUGACCUUUCCAACUAUUAGGACAUGACCUUUCCAACUAUUAGGACAUGACCUUUCCAACUAUUAGGACAUGACCUUUCCAACUAUUAGGACAUGACCUUUCCAACUAUUAGGACAUGACCUUUCCAACUAUUAGGACAUGACCUUUCCAACUAUUAGGACAUGACCUUUCCAACUAUUAGGACAUGACCUUUCCAACUAUUAGGACAUGACCUUUCCAACUAUUAGGACAUGACCUUUCCAACUAUUAGGACAUGACCUUUCCAACUAUUAGGACAUGACCUUUCCAACUAUUAGGACAUGACCUUUCCAACUAUUAGGACAUAACCUUUCCAACUAUUAGGACAUAACCUUUCCAACUAUUAGGACAUGACCUUUCCAACUAUUAGGACAUGACCUUUCCAACUAUUAGGACAUGACCUUUCCAACUAUUAGGACAUGACCUUUCCAACUAUUAGGACAUGACCUUUCCAACUAUUAGGACAUAACCUUUCCAACUAUUAGGACAUGACCUUUCCAACUAUUAGGACAUAACCUUUCCAACUAUUAGGACAUGACCUUUCCAACUAUUAGGACAUGACCUUUCCAACUAUUAGGGACAUAACCUUUCCAACUAUUAGGACAUGACCUUUCCCAACUAUUAGGACAUGACCUUUCCAACUAUUAGGAACAUGACCUUUCCAACUAUUAGGACAUAACCUUUCCAACUAUUAGGACAUAACCUUUCCAACUAUUAGGACAUGACCUUUCCAACUAUUAGGACAUGACCUUUCCAACUAUUAGGACAUGACCUUUCCAACUAUUAGGACAUGACCUUUCCAACUAUUAGGACAUGACCUUUCCACUAUUAGGACAUGAACCUUUCCAACUAUUAGGACAUACCUUUCCAACUAUUAGGACAUGACCUUUCCAACUAUUAGGACAUGACCUUUCCAACUAUUAGGACAUGAACCUUUCCAACUAUUAGGACAUGACCUUCCAACUAUUAGGACAUGACCUUUCCAACUAUUAGGACAUAACCUUUCCAACUAUUAGGACAUAACCUUUCCAACUAUUAGGACAUAACCUUUCCAACUAUUAGGACAUGACCUUUCCAAACUAUUAGGACAUGACCUUUCCAACUAUUAGGACAUGACCUUUCCAACUAUUAGGACUGACCUUUCCAUCUAUUAGGACAUGGACCUUUACCAACUAUAGGACAUAACCUUUCCAACUAUUCGGACUUAGACCUUUCCAACUAUUAGGGACAUGACCUUUCCACUAUUAGGGAUAUACCUUUUCCAACUAUUAGGACAUGCACCUUUUCCCAACCUAUUAGGACAGACCUUUCCAACCUAUUAGGACAUACCUUUCCAACUAUUAGGACAUAACCUUCCACCUAUUAGGACAUAACUUUCCAACUAUAGGACUACCCUUCAAUAUUAGGACAUGACCUUUCCAACUCUUAGGAACAUUACCUUUCCAACUAUUAGGACCAUCAAACUUUCCAACUAUUAGGACAUAACCUUUCCAACUAGUUAGUACUAUAACCUUUCCAAACUCUUAUGGACAUGGACCUUUCCAAACUAUUGGGACAUGACCUUUCCAACUAUUAGGACAUGACCUUUCCAACUAUUAGGAGGACAUGACCUUUCCAACGAUUAGGACUAUGACCUUUCCAACUAUUAGGACAUGACCUUUCCAACUAUUAGGACAUGACCUUUCCAACUAUUAGGACAUGACCUUUCCAACUAUUAGGACAUGACCUUUCCAACUAUUAGGACAUAACCUUUCCAACUAUUAGGACAUGACCUUUCCAACUAUUAGGACAUGACCUUUCCAACUAUUAGGACAUAACCUUUCCAACUAUUAGGACAUGACCUUUCCAACUAUUAGGACAUGACCUUUCCAACUAUUAGGACAUGACCUUUCCAACUAUUAGGACAUAACCUUUCCAACUAUUAGGACAUGACCUUUCCAACUAUUAGGACAUGACCUUUCCAUCUAUUAGGACAUGACCUUUCCAACUAUUAGGACAUAACCUUUCCAACUAUUAGGACAUGACCUUUCCAACUAUUAGGACAUGACCUUUCCAACUAUUAGGACAUAACCUUUCCAACUAUUAGGACAUGACCUUUCCAACUAUUAGGACAUGACCUUUCCAACUAUUAGGACAUAACCUUUCCAACUAUUAGGACAUAACCUUUCCAACUAUUAGGACAUAACCUUUCCAACUAUUAGGACAUGACCUUUCCAACUAUUAGGACAUGACCUUUCCAACUAUUAGGACAUGACCUUUCCAACUAUUAGGACAUGACCUUUCCAACUCUUAGGACAUAACCUUUCCAACUAUUAGGACAUAACCUUUCCAACUAUUAGGACAUAACCUUUCCAACUAUUAGGACAUGACCUUUCCAACUAUUAGGACAUGACCUUUCCAACUAUUAGGACAUGACCUUUCCAACUAUUAGGACAUGACCUUUCCAACUAUUAGGACAUGACCUUUCCAACUAUUAGGACAUAACCUUUCCAACUAUUAGGACAUAACCUUUCCAACUAUUAGGACAUGACCUUUCCAACUAUUAGGACAUAACCUUUCCAACUAUUAGGACAUGACCUUUCCAACUAUUAGGACAUGACCUUUCCAACUAUUAGGACAUAAACAGCUUAAUCGCCGUUCCAGCAGUGUAUUUGAUCUGUGUAUGUGCUAGCACCGGGUAGCGCAAGCCUCUCUCUUAUGUACUAGUGAAGUGAGUUCGAAAAACUGAAAGUAUGCAUCUUUUCACAUAGUUUUCACAUACAGUUGAAGUCGGAAGUUUACAUACACCUUAGCCAAAUACAUUUAAACUCAGUUUUUCACAAUUCCUGACAUUUAAUCCUAGUAGAAAUUCCCUGUCUUAGGUCAGUUAGGAUCACCACUUUAUUUUAAGAAUGUGAAAUGUCAGAAUAAUAGUAGAGAGAAUGAUUGAUUUAUUUCAGCUUUUAUUUCUUUCAUCACAUUCCCAGUGGGUCAGAAGUUUACAUACACUCAAUUAGUAUUUGGUAGCAUUGCAUUUAAAUUGUUUAACUUGGGUCAAACGUUUUGGGUAGCCUUCCACAAGCUUCCCACAAUAAGUUGGGUGAAUUUUGGCCCAUUCCUCCUGACAGAGCUGGUGUAACUGAGUCAGGUUUGUAGGCCUCCUUGGUCGCACAUGCUUUUUCAGUUCUGUCCACACAUUUUCUAUAGGAUUGAGGUCAGGGCUUUGUGAUGGCCACUCCAAUACCUUGACUUUGUUGUCCUUAAGCCAUUUUGCCACAACUUUGGAAGUAUGCUUGGGGUCAUUGUCCAUUUGGAAGACCCAUUUGCGACCAAGCUUUAACUUCCUUACUGAUGUCUUGAGAUGUUGCUUCAAUAUAUCCACAUAAUUUUCCUUCCUCAUGAUGCCAUCUAUUUUGUGAAGUGCACCAGUCCCUCCUGCAGCAAAGCACCCCCACAGCAUGAUUCUGCCACCCCCAUGCUUCACGGUUGGGAUGGUGUUCUUCGGCUUGCAAAGCACCCCCUUUUUCCUCCAAACAUAACGAUGGUCAUUAUGGCCAAACAGUUCUAUUUUUGUUUCAUCAGACCAGAGGACAUUUCUCCAAAAAUUACGAUAUUUGUCCCCAUGUGCAGUUUUGGAGCAGUGGCUUCUUCCUUGCUGAGCGGCCUUUCAGGUUAUGUCGAUAUAGGAGUUGUUUUACUGUGGAUAUAGAUACUUUUGUACCUGUUUCCUCCAGCAUCUUCACAAGGUCCUUUGCUGUUAUUCUGGGAUUGAUUUGCACUUUUCGCACCAAUGUACGUUCAUCUCUAGGAGACAGAACGCGUCUCCUUACUGAGCGGUAUGAUGGCUGCAUGGUCCCAUGGUGUUUAUACUUGCGUACUAUUGUUUGUACAGAUGAACGUGGUACUUUCAGGCGUUUGGAAAUUGCUCCCAAGGAUGAACCAGACUUGUGGAGGUCUUCAAUUAUUUUUCUGAGGUCUUGUCUGAUUUCUUUUGAUUUUCCCAUCAUGUCAAGCAAAGAGGCACUGAGUUUGAAGGUAGGCCUUGAAAUACAUCCACAGGUACUCCUCCAAUUGACUCAAAUGAUGUCAAUUAGCCUAUCAGAAGCUUCUAAAGCCAUGACAUCAUUUUCUGGAAUUUUCCAAGCUGUUUAAAGGGACAGUCAAUUUAGUGUAUGUAAACUUCUGACCCACUGGAAUUGUGAUACAGUGAAAUAAUCUGUCUGUAAACAAUUGUUGGAAAAAAUUACUUGUGUCAUGCAUAAAGUAGAUGUCCUAACCGACUUGCCAAAACGAUAGUUUGUUAACAAGACAUUUGUGGAGUGGUUGAAAAAGCACCUGCUUUCAAUAUACUUUGUAUCCCUAAUUUACUCAAAUGUUUCCUUUAUUUUGGCAGUUACCUGUAGCUCUGGCUGGAAAGCAGCUGAGGGAAUUUGAAUGGGGAUUGGGGAGUGCUCAUCUUGUACAAGCAGCUUAUUCACUUUUAACUUUCCCACAGCUUACUCUCUUUACCAGCCUGUUACUGUAGUGAGUAAUGUCUCAUACCUUGACACGUCCAUAUCCCCAUAUCUACACGGUACUAACGUGCAUGUGUUGGACGAUACUAUUGGAACAAGAGGUGAAUUACAUGUUAUGAUCUAGUACCAGUAGUAAAGUAUGACACAUACGUGUACCAAUAUUAUUUUUGUUUUAGUUUAAGGACUAAUUCUUAUUUUGUGUCAUAGUAUAUGCUUAAUUCAUUCAAUUGUGUCCUUUUAGUAAAACUACGGUAUGUAUGUGAUUGAGAGCCUUUCUGUUCAGCCGAAUUCAAUCACAGUUGCUCUAACCCAAAAUGUGAUUGCUAACAUGCAAAACAUGUUGGGACUGUAUCAGAAGUAAAUUCCAAAAUAUCAAACAUCAAUGCAAUGUCAUAGUUAGAAACUUCCAAGCACAAACCUGUGAUAGAGCUCGAAACAUGAAUUGACAUUUUAAUUAAUAGCUAUGUGAACAGGAAGUUAGUAGUGCUAAAACUACAGCAGACUGUAGAACUUCCUCAUAAACAUAAUCAACAGCAUGUAACAUGCAGCAGAAUGCUGGUUUUUGAAUGGAUUAUUCCUUUAACAGAGACAUUUCAGGACAGGUGCAGGGUCAUCUCUAGUCUAAAAUGCCCGCCCUCUCUUUCUUUCCUUCUCUCCCAGGAGCGGUUCGAGGCCCUGUUCAGGAUCUAUGACGAGCAGACGUCCUUCCAGAUGUUCAAGAGCUUCAGGCGAGUCCGCAUCAGCUUCAGCACUCCGGAAGCGGCCGCCCGCGCUCGCAUCGAGCUCCACGAGACUGAGUUCAACGGCAAGCAGCUCAAGCUCUACUUCGCCCAGGUGAGUGAGCUCUUCCUGGGGGAAGGUUUGGGCCGGAGCUGGGGCCUGUUGGGAGAUAUGGUAGUCAUUACAGUCCAGGUUAGCCCUGGGGUCUGUUUUCUUCCAGUUAGUCUGUUUUCUUUCAUUUGGUACCUAAUGAGCACGACCCCAGGUAUUACAGAGGCUAAACACAGAGCAGUAUACUGAAUCGUAGGGCAUGUACUGUACUCUCCAAGGGUGUGAAAGUGGCCCCAACAACACUGGCCCCAACAACACUGGCCCCAACAACACUGGCCCCAACAACACUGGUCCCAACAACACUGGUCCCAACAACACUGGUCCCAACAACACUGGUCCCAACAACACUGGCCCCAACAACACUGGUCCCAACAACACUGGCCCCAACAACACUGGCCCCAACAACACUGACUUUAAAACAGUUAAAGAGUUUAAUGGCUGUGAUAGGAGAAAACUGAGGAUGGAUCUACAACAUUGUAGUUACUCCACAAUACUAACCUAAUUGACAGAGUGAAAAGAAGGAAGCCUGUACAGAAUAACAAUAUUCCAAAACAUGCAUCCUGUUUGCAACGAGGCACUGAAGUACUGCAAAACAUGUGGCAAAGUAAUUAACUUUUUGUCCUGAAUACAAAGUGUUACACUAUAUAUGCAAAAGGAUGUGGACACCCCUUCAAAUUAGUGGAUUCGGCUAUUUUAGCCACACUCGUUGCUGACGGGUGUAUAAAAUCGAGCACACAGCCAUGCAAUAUCUAUAGACAAACAUUGGCAGUAGAAUGGCCUUACUGAAGAGCUCAGUGACUUUCAACGUGGCACCGUCAUAGGAUGCCACCUUUCAAACAAGUCAGUUCGUCAAAUUUCUGCCCUGCUAGAGCUUCCCCGGUCAACUGAAGUGGAAACGUCUAGGAACAACAACAGCUCAGCCGCGAAGUGGUAGGCCACACAAGCUCACAGAACGGGACUGCCGAGUGCUGAAGCACGUAACGUGUACAAAUCUUCUGUCCUCGGUUGUAACACUCACUACUGAGUUCCAAACUGCCUCUCGAAGCAAUGUCAGCACAAUAACUGUUCGUCGGGAGCUUCAUGAAAUGGGUUUCCAUGGCCGAGCAGCGCACACAAGCCUAAGAUCACCAUGCGCAAUGCCAAGCGUCGGCUGGAGUGGUGUAAAGCUCGCCGCCGUUGGACUCUGGAGCAGUGGAAACACGUUCACUGGAGUGAUGAAUCACGCUUCACCAUCUGGCAGUCCGACUGACAAAUCUGGGUUUGGCAGAUGCCAGGAGAACGCUACCUGCCCGAAUGUAUAGUGCCAACUGUAAAGUUUGGUGGAGGAAUAAUGUUCUGGGGCUGGUUUUCAUGGUUUGGGCUAGGCCCCUUAGUUCCAGUGAAGGAACUAUUCUGUGCUUCCAACUAUGUGGCAACAGUUUGGGGAAGGCCAUAUCCUGUUUCAGCAUGACAAUAACCCCGUGCACAAAGCGAGGUCCACACAGAAAUGUAUUGUCGAGCUCGAUGUGGAAGAACUUGACUGGCCUGCACAGAGCCCUGACCUCAACUCCAUCAAACACCUUUGGGAUGAAUUGGAACACCGACUGCGAGCCAGGCCUAAAUCCCCAACAUUAGUGCCCGACCUCACUAAGUGAGUCUCCUCAGUCCCCUCAGCAAUGUUCCAAUACCUAGUGGAAAGCCUUCCCAAAAGAGUGGAGGCUGUUAUAGCAGCAAAAGGGGGGACCAAAUCCAUAUUAAUGCCCAUGAUUUUGGAAUGAGAUGUUCGAUGAGCAGGUGUCCACAUACUUUUGGUCAUGUAGUGUAUGUUUGGGGCAAAUCCAAUACAACACGUUACUGAGUACCAUUCUCCAUAUUUUCAAACAUAGUGGUGGCUGCAUCAUGUUAUGGAUAUGCUUUUCAGGAUAAAAAGGAAAUUGAAUGGAGCUAAGCACAGGCAAAAUCCUAAAAGAAAACCUGGUUCAGUCUGCUUUCCAUCAGACACUGGGAGGUGAAUUCUCCUUUCAGCAGGAAAAUAACCUAAAACACAAGGCCAAAUCUACACUGGAGUUGCUUACCAAGAAGACAGUGAAUGUUCCUGACUGGCCGAGUUACAGUUUUGACUUAAAUCUACUUGAAAAUGUAUGGCAAGACCUGAAAAUGGUUGUCUAGCAAUGAUCAACAACCAAUUUGACAGAGCUUGAAGAAUUUUGAAAAUAAUAAUGUGCAAAUGUUGCACAAUCCAGGUGUGGAAAGCUCUUAUAGACUUACCUAGAAAGACUCACAGCUGUAAUCGCUGCAAAAGGUGCUUCUACAAAGUAUUGACUCAGGGGUGUGAAUACUUAUGUAAAUUAGAUAUUUCUGUAUUUCAUUUUCAAUACAUUUGCUAAAAUCUCUUACAAAAUGUUUAUCAUUAUGGGGUAUUGUGUGUAGAUGGGUGAAUCCAUUUUGAAUUCAGGCUGUAACACAACAAAAUGUGGAAUAAGUCAAGGGGUAUGAAUAUUUUCUGAAGGCACUUGUGGUGCAUGUUGAAUCAAAACACUCGGGAGGAGCAUAUUUGUGUGCAGGCUUUCAUCCUUUCUCUAUUUCUCUACUGUACUCUCCCAUUGAGAAUGUAGUGGUAAGAGUCUAUGGGGUAAGGGUCUAUAGGGGUAAGAGUAUAGGGGUAAGAGUCUAUAGGGGUCAGGGUUAUAGGGGGUAGAGGUCUAUAGGGGUAAGGGUCUAUAGGGGUAAGGUCAUAGGGGUAGAGUAUCUAGGGGUAAAGAGUCUAUAGGGGUAAGAGUCUAUAGGGGUUAAGGGUUCUAUAGGGGUAAGGUCUAUAGGGGUAGAGUCCUAUAGGGGUAGGGUCUAUAGGGGUAGAGUCUAUAGGGGUAAGGGUCUAUAGGGGUAAGAGUCUAUAUGGGUAAGAGUCUAUAGGGGUAAGAGUCUAUAGGGGUAAGGGUCUAUAGGGGUAAGAGUCUAUAGGGGUAAGGGUCUAUAGGGGUAAGGGUCUAUAGGGGUAAGAGUCUAUAGGGGUAAGGGUCUAUAGGGGUAAGAGUCUAUAGGGGUAAGGGUCUAUAGGGGUAAGGGUCUAUAGGGGUAAGGGUCUAUAGGGGUAAGGGUCUAUAGGGGGGUAAGAGUCUAUAGGGGUAAGAGUCUAUAGGGGUAAGAGUCUAUAGGGGUAAGGGGGUAUAGGGGUCAGAUGUCUAUAGUGUAAGAGUCUAUAGGGUAAGGGGCUAUAGGGGUAGGGUCUAGAUGGGGUAAGAGUCUAUAGGGUAAGAGUCUAUAGGGUAGGUCAUAGAAGAGUCUAUAGGGGUAAGGGUCUAUAGGGGUGUAAGGAGGUCUAUAGGGGUAAGAGUCUAUAGGGGUAAGAGUCUAUAGGGGUAAGGUCUAUAGGGGUAAGAGUCUAUAGGGGUAAGGGUCUAUAGGGGUAAGAGUCUAUAGGGGUAAGGGUCUAUAGGGGUAAGAGUCUAUAGGGGUAAGGGUCUAUAGGGGUAAGGGUCUAUAGGGGUAAGAGUUAUAGGGGUAAGAGUCUAAUAGGGGUAUAGGAGGUCUAUAGGGGUAAGGGUCUAUAGGGGUAAGAGUCUAUAGGGGUAAGAGUCUAUAGGGGUAAGGGUCUAUAGGGGUAAGAGUCUAUAGGGGUAAGGGUCUAUAGGGGUAAGAGUCUAUAGGGGUAAGGGUCUAUAGGGGUAAGGUCUUAUAAGGAAGGUAAGGAGUCUAUAGGGGUAAGGUCUAUAGGGGUAAGAGUCUAUAGGGGUAAGAGUCUAUAGGGGUAAGGGUCUAUAGGGUAGGGUCUAGGGUAGGUCUAUAGGGGGUAAGAGUCUAUAGGGGUAAGGGUCUAUAGGGUAAGGUCUAUAGGGGUAAAGAGUCUAUAGGGGUAAGGGUCUAUAGGGGUAAGGGUCUAUAGGGGUAAGAGUCUAUAGGGGUAAGGGUCUAAGGGGUAGGUCAAGUAUCUAUGGGUAAGAGUCUAUAUGGGUAAGAGUCUAUAUGGGUAAGAGUCUAAAGGGGUAAGGGUCUAUAGGGGUAAGGGUCUAUAGGGGUAAGAGUCUAUAGGGGUAAGGGUCUAUAGGGGUAAGAGUCUAUAGGGGUAAGAGUCUAUAGGGGUAAGAGUCUAUAGGGGUAAGGGUCUAUAGGGGUAAGGGUCUAUAGGGGUAAGAGUCUAUAGGGGUAAGGGUCUAUAGGGGUAAGGGUCUAUAUGGGUAAGAGUCUAUAGGGGUAAGGGUCUAUAGGGGUAAGGGUCUGUAGGGGUAAGAGUCUAAAGGGGUAAGGGUCUAUAGGGGUAAGAGUCUAUAGGGGUAAGGGUCUAUAGGGGUAAGGGUAUAUAGGGGUAAGGGUCUAUAGGGGUAAGAGUCUAUAGGGGUAAGGGUCUAUAGGGGUAAGAGUCUAAAGGGGUAAGAGUCUAUAGGGGUAAGAGUCUAUAGGGGUAAGGGUCUAUAGGGGUAAGAGUCUAAAGGGGUAAGCGUCUAUAGGGGUAAGAGUCUAUAGGGGUAAGGGUCUAUAGGGGUAAGAGUCUAAAGGGGUAAGAGUCUAAAGGGGUAAGGGUCUAUAGGGGUAAGGGUCUAUAGGGGUAAGGGUCUAUAGGGGUAAGAGUCUAUAGGGGUAAGAGUCUAUAGGGGUAAGAGUUAGAGGUCGAUUGGGAAUGGAAACAGGGUUGUGUUCAUUAAGCACCAAACAGAAGAAAAUCAAAACAGGCAGGGACUACCUAGACUUGUUUCAUUUUCAGUUGCUAAAUGUUUUCAACAUUUUCCGUUACAAAUGAACAUGACCCAGAUUUUAUCCCUGACAUCCAUUCUGACAUGUCCCACUCUCCUCUCCUCCUCUCCUCCUUCUAUAGGUUCAGAAUUCUGGGGAGGAUAUAGACAAGUCGUACCUGGCUCCUCCCGCGCCCGUCAAACAGUUCCUCAUCUCGCCCCCUGCCUCGCCGCCCGUGGGCUGGAGCCAGAGCGAAGAUGCCACGCCUGUCAUCAACUACGACCUGCUGUGUGCGGUGGCCAAGCUGGGCCCAGGUCAGUACACACACACACACACACACACACACAUACAUACAUACAUACAUACAUACAUACGCACACACAUAUACAUACACAUAUCAAAUCUCAAAUCUCUGGAAGACUGAAACAGGUUUCCCUCAAGAAUGUCCCUGUAUUUAGCGCCAUCCAUCAUUCCUUCAAUUCUGACCAGUUUCCCAGUCCCUGCCGAUGAAAAACUGUCUGUCUGGCUGAGUUAAGGGCUAGCGUUGGCCAUACUCUGUGAUUGUCUGUCUGGCUGAGUUAAGGGCUAGCGUUGGUCAUACUCUUUCCCUGUCUCUCUCGCUAGGUAAAGGGCUAGCGUUGGCAAUCAGAUGGUGACCUUUAAGAAAUGUCAGCCAUAUCAAACAAGGAGUGCUCUUUCUACUGGGGACAGGGCGGUAGGGUCACAUGGUUCAAGAGGUCACCGAGCUCCCAGGAUGCUUCACUGUGUCAUUUGGACUUUCUCCUGAAGUGUGCGCUCGUACACAACUCCCCACAAAUUGAAAAGCAUUGGGCUAGAAGGAGUUUCCACCAUAUUUCUUACUUCAGUCAUUUCCUUCCUUGUCUCCUUCUCAAAACCCAUUGGAGGAGAAGGUCCUCCCCUUUGACCUUCUCCUCCAAUGGGUUUUGAGAAGGAGACGAGGAGAGAGGAGAAUGGAUGCAAUGAGUUUUUUAUUUAACCUUUAUUUAACUAGGCAAGUCAGUUAAGAACAAAUUCUUAUUUACAAUGACGGCCUACCAAAAGGCAAAAGGCCUCCUGCGGGGACGGGGGCUGAAAUUAAAAAUACAAAUAGAAUAUAGGACAAAACACACAUCACGACAAGAGAGACACCACAACUCUACAUAAAGUGAGACCUAAGACAACAACAUAGCAUGGCAAAAGUGUAUGCUAUUGAGAUCUUCCCUGUGAAGGGAAGUGAACAAGUGCACACUUCAGAAGAAUGUACAGAUUCGUUUUUUUUAACAAUGGUAAAGACCCUGGUUAUCUGUGGAAAGGAAACCCUCCUCACCAGUAAUAUAUGGACUUAACGGCAGACAGACGCUAUAGUUAGUUACACCAUUAUAUGUUUUAGUAGGUUCAGGACAGGAGGCAAAGAGAUUUUCUUGGCCAAUCCCGGCCUUUGGUUUUUGUCUGUGGUUGUCUGGAAAUCCAGACAUCUGAAUAUUGUAGCACUCUGAGUGCCUCUAUUUGGUCUACCUACAAACCUGAACGGCUGUCAAAGAAGAUGUCAUUUAGCAUUUCUCUGACUUGGCUUAAUCUUAUAUGCACUGCCACCACCCCUCAGCAUAAUGCAUUACAGGAACAAUGAUAAUUCCUACAUUACAUGAUUUACCAUGUUUCAGCCAAGACCCACCACCAUAGUGCUGUUCCUAUGGUAACACCAGGCGGCAUCAGGAAAUUGGCCCUGGCUCUUGCUGGGGCUUCUUUAGCCUGCCUCUAAAUCAUGUUAGUGCGCUGCUGCAGCGUGGCCCGCUAGCGCUCUCUGCUGGCCUCCCGUGGUAGUGACCUUCCCGAGACAAAAUAGGGCCUUUUUCUGUCAGACAGCAGUGUGCGAAACCUCUUCCCUUGUUUCCCUUGGCCCUGUCUGGUCUCCAUGGCAACUGUGAUACAAUCUGCAUAUGUAUUUUGGGCGGUUGGGAUGAGGGCAUUUGUGUUGCUUAACCCUGGGAUUCUCCGGACUCCACAGCACCGACCAUAUCAAAUCUUAUCUGUGAUAUUUCACCUCAAUUUGAUAUACUGAUACUGGCUGUAUAUUUUAGGAAUCAUAUAACAUUUAAUCCAUGCCAUAACAGUAAUGUUAUGUUAAAUAUAUAUAAAUAUAUAUUAUAUCUCCUCUACUAUUGCAGUAGUUUGGCACACGAUAGCAACAAUUGCCAGUGUGAUCCUAUCCUAGCCUGCAGUACAUUUCAUUAGGCUGCAGCCAGCCAGCCAGCCGGUGUUAUUACAGCUGAUAACAUCAGCCAUAGCAGGGCUAAUACUCAGUUCAUAGUUCCAGAGGAGACAUGUUAUACAAGCAUUUCACUACACCUCCAAUAACAUCAGCUAAAUAUGUGUAUGCAACUAAUAAAAUUUGAUUUUAGACCCAUGGGGCGGCGCACAAUUGGCCCAGGGUAGGGGAGGGAAUGGCCGGCAGGGAUGUAGCUCAGUUGGUAGAGCAUGGCGUUUGCAACGGCAGGGUUGUGGGUUAACGCCAGGGUUGUGGGUUUGAUUCCCACGGGGGGCCAGUAUGAAAAAUGAAAAAAAUAAAAAAUAAUAAUGUAUGCACUCACUAACUGUAAGUCGCUCUGGAUAACAGCGUCUGCUAAAUGACAAAAAUGUAAAUGAUUUGAUUAGAUUUUUGAUCUUGCAGCUUAGCUUAGCGGUUAGUGUUGUUAUUUCUGUCUUUCAGGCUUAUUUACAGGCUCCUCUACCUCUGGUACUGUAGGCUUGGAUCUGUUCCUGGAGUCUGUUCAAUCUGCCUCAAUGGUAGAUCAGACUUUUAUGGGCCAUCUAAUCAAGAGAUUGAAACUGAAAUGCUGAUGUAGGCCUGUUGAUGGAUGUGUGGCAUUGUAAAGGCUAAUAAAUGGUGUAUUAAAGUCUUUCUCUGUUUUUCUUUCUCUCUCUGCCUCGCUCUCUCUCUCUCUCUUUCUCUCUCUCUCCUUCCCUGUCUCUCUCCUUCCAUUCCUCCCUACCCUCUCCCUCUUCAGGGGAGAAGUAUGAGCUGCAUGCGGGCACCGAGUCGACCCCCAGCGUUGUAGUUCAUGUGUGCGACAGCGAUGCAGAGGACGACAGCGACGAAGCACGGCCCAAGCAGAAACAGCAGAUCGUCCAAACCCGACGCCCCGACGGACCGUCGCAAGUCCUCAACUAG